UAUUUGUUGCACUGCUAAUUUGUUGUAGAACUUGAUUUUUUAGAUUUCCUUUUUAUAUUUUUGGUUUGUGUUUUUCUUUUCUACAACUUGUUGUCUCCUAUUAGAUUUCAAAUAACUAGUCGGAGUUAAACUCGAUAAAACAAACCUGGACAACCUCUAAGACGAACGCGACGGACGUGUGUGUUGUUUUUGUUUUGUGAAAAUUAAGCAACAAAAAAAGAACAUUUUAAAAUAAUAAAGAUACAAUAUCUAUAUCUAGUAGGUAUAUGAUAUAUAAAAGGCAUGGAGGAAGAUGUCUUAAACGCAUUGCUAACUCGAGCAGCCUACUUACCAGGUGGAUUUGAUCGUGAAGGCAGGAUACUGGUUGUGGUCAGCAUAAUAAACGAUUUACAGUUGUGGAAUAGAAAUUGCAUAGAAAUAUGCAUUUCGUACAUAAGACGAUCGUUAAGCUCCGAACUUCUCAGCAAAGGCAUUGCGGUCAUAGUAGACGCUCAACGCUGUUCAUCUCGAAUAACUCGCACACAUUCCCGCACAAUUUAUUCCCUCUUCGGAGACACACCAAUUACACUUUUUCUAGUCAGAUCCGAAGGAUUUUGGGAGAAACACGUUGAACAAUGUGCCAAAUCCCACACAAAAGAAGAACCAAUUGUUGUGUCAAAAAGUCGUAUCUCAAAAUAUAUAGAUAUAAAUAAUUUGCCAGAGGAAUUAGGUGGUACACUAACAUACAAUCACGAUUUAUGGCUGCAAAAUCGAAAGGCAAUCGAUGAAUUCCGUAAGACUUUCGAUCGAACUAUUCAAGAUAUUGAGAAUCUGCAUGUUCUACUCUCGGACAGUAAAUCAUUGCGACCUUCAGAUGCUGAUCAGGAGCUCAAGCAGUGCGCCAUGAUCUACUCUCAAGUACAAACUGAGAUAGCUGACACGAUAGAUACAGGUAAUCGACUGUUAACCCGGAUCACUGAUAGCUAUCGAUGGCAACCAAUGACGACAUCUCUUCCACUACCACCGCCAUCAUCUUCAUCGUUGUCCACGAUUGCUGCUGGUGCUGCUGCUGCUAACGAACAGCAUUCGCCUGGAACUAUCAACCUUACCGCAACUUCUCCUGUGCCAACCUCACAUUCCAUCAGUUCGAACGCCACAAAUAGUAGUAGCAACCAACAUCAUAGUCACAGGUUGCCACCCGACAUGGCGAACGAACGCGCACGCACCGAGCAGCUGCUGAUCGACAUCCAGAAGAAACAAACCGACAUUCGAUCGGCCUGGCGUGACCUGGAACAGAGUGUCCAUGAAGCCCGUGAAGUGGCUGCCCUCGAAGAAGGCGUUGCCUUCGUCACAAACUGGAUCCUUAAUACAGCCGAACAGAUGCUUAACCGCAACCAAACGAUCGGCUGUGAUUUCAAGGCAUGCGAGGAGUUGCGCCGUGAACAUGAAACACUCGAGAUGGAAUGUCGCGAAACCUACGGCUUCUAUGCGGAGCUUCUAUACAAGAUCGAAUCGCACAGCAAGGCCAAGGAGUCUGCCAGUCCUGCCUACAAGGACCUAAUGUCGCAGCGGGAAUUCAUGAAUUUCGUCUGUCGCAGCUUUGCCACGCGCCUCGAAAAGCGACGCAACAUCCUAAUCACAUCGCUGCGAUUCUAUCGGCUGGUUACAGAUUACUUCGACCGCACCACCUCAGUAUUCGAAUCUCUAGUCAUGGGAAACAAGGUCGAGGAUCUCGAGGCGGCCGCAGGGAAUUUGCAGAAACUAAAGGACAGUCAAGUGGGAUUGGAGGCCCUUGAGAAGGAAUUGGUGAAGGAGGGCGAAAAACUCAGCGACAUGCUGUCAAUGCCCGUUAAGGAUGCCCUCGGCCGAGAUCUGCAUAUUGAUUACAGCGAUGACAUUGUGAAUGUCAAAGAUAUUUUGGAUACGACAAUAGCCAGGCGGAACAUCUUCAUCGACAGCGUCGAACUGCAGAAACUUACCUUGGAGCAGGUGACACACAUCCACACGUACGAGUUGGACGCCCGAAUGGCCAUCAAAUGGAUGGACGACUUGUACGGUGUCAUGAUCAAGUGUCAUUCGCAUGUGGGCUGCAAUGUGCACGAGAUUCAGGUGCAGAAAGAUGAGUUGCAGACAUUUCAAGAAACUGGAAAGAGCAUCUACCAUUACGGCUGCCAACUGCUCGAAGCGUCACAAGCUCUUAGAACAUCGUGCAAAUUGGAUACGGAAGCAACAAAAACAAUGUCCAACCAACUGCGCAGCACCUGGCACAACUUACAAGCCAUAAGUCAGGAGCACAUGACCCGCCUCCGAGUGUCCGCCGUCUUUCAUCGUAGCGUCGAAGAGUAUUGCAACAAGUUGCAUGACCUGAAAAUCUCUGUGUGUUCUCUAGGUGAAAUUGAGGAGUCCGAUUGUCGCCGCAAUCGCCUCCGAAAGUAUCUAGCACUGCGCGAACGACUCCUAGUCGAAGUGGGUCGAAUGGUGCGGCUGGGUAGAUUGUUGAAAACUCGACUUAAAGAGCCGUUCGUCUUGGAUGAUGCCAAGGGCAAUAAUACUACUUCGGAUGAUGGCAACAGGUAUGAAUCGGAAAUGUUUUCCAGAUUCAAGGAAUUUUUUAAGCAAUCACGGUCUUCUACCACUAGCGGUGGUGAGGGAAUUGGAGAUAGCGAGAAAAGCGAAGAUACUUGGAGUGAUGAUCGUCGCGGCCGUGCAAACGAUCAAGAGUCCAUAGUUGAAGAUGUAAAUCUAAAAUCUGAUUCUAUUCCUAGCGAAAGUGCACCAUCUGCAGUAGAAAGUGCUGCUGAAGCUGCAGCUGUGACUACAGCUGCUACUGUUCCUGUUCCUGCUGCAGCACCAUCAUCUUUGGUCUAUCCAACUGGAAAAAAUGAAAUGGCAUCGAGCGCGAUCACAAAUAAAUUGACUGAAAUUGCUGAAGUUGCUGAAGCAUUGGAUGCUGCAUUGAGAGACACCCAGAAUGGUUUGGAUCUUGUCGAGAUGAAUUCAAGUCCAUCGGCUGAAAAGAAAUUAGAUAGCAGCAACCACCAACAUCAGCACCAUCAACAUCAGCAUCAGCAUCAUAAUAAUCAUCAUCAUCAUCAAAAUGGUGCAAGUAAUAUUGAGGACUGGCAUUCACGUUCGACAGAAGAUGAAUCGUUUGCAACAGCGUCCGAGGGCAACUUCACACCCCACUCACAUUCGUCUUCCUAUCAGACAGCGUCUGAAGGUCGAACGCCAUCAUUUUUGAGUUCCGGAAAGACCUCAUUUGACUUAAGCGAUCUCGAGGACAAUAACUCACAAAUAUUUCCUCUAGAUAUGUUAUCGCCAGGGAAUAUUUCCUAUGAUGGUUCCUCGGAACCAAGCUUUGUGUCGGCUCAACAAUCACUAACAACGUCGCCACAAUCAAUUCCAGCUGACUCGGGAAUAGACACUACACCUCCUGAGUUCAAAUCUAUUGUUGAGCCAAAAGAUGAUGGAGGUGAUGAUGGGGGUGAGGGAGAAGAUAGUCGAAGUAGAAGUAUCACACCGACUCCAGGAAACACUUCAACAAAUAAACAACAGCUGUCCAAAAAUGAUAACGAGACCCAAACAGUAAUUAACCACGAUGUAAUUCUGCAAAAGUCAACAACAUCUACAUCCAUUAGUAAUGGCCAUGCUUCGUUGACCCCAAACGACGACCGUAAUGACGACGAGAUUUCACGGUUAUUAAAACAAGCUGCUGGCACCACAUCGACGACGACUACGUCAGCCAUGGAUUCCUCAAUGUCUUCGCUAUAUUCGCGCGAUAAUGACUAUGAUGGGCCAAUAGCAGUACGGGCUACAACUAUUGGAACCGUUGUUGUACGCAGCGGACCAAUUCAAAUGGUGAUCGCACUUUUACAAAGUCCGGACAAAACGUACAUUAAAGUUGUGGAACUUGAGCCACGAUUAACAACACUUGGUGAAAAUAUUGAAGAAGCUGUAUCACUACAAAAGCAACAUGACGAGACUCUUAAAAAAGUACAAAAUCUUCCAACACCACUCGAUGAAUUCGCCCACAAAGCCGACAAACUACUGACGAGUAAGCGCAUAAGUCCAGACCUAAUCACAGCAAUGGCUGACACAUUACACAUAGUUUGGGAUGAUAUUCUCAAACUUCUCCACGAUCGUAAGCAUUUACUAGAUUUGUGUGCGAAUUUUCACGAGAAAAUGGGCAGUUGCCGAGGUAAAAUGUCAUCACUUGAAGUUGCCUGCAAAGAUACCAUGAUACCAAUUGAAGUUGAAGCAGUGCAGGAGUUUCUCAAUAAAUUCAAACAACUGCGAAUUGAUGUUUUGACAACUGUGAUGGCAGCACUAAAAGAUGGAAACGAACUUCUGACACAUUUACAAGAAUUGAGCAAACAGCAAACGCUUGACACACGGCCGGAUCAUAUUAAACGCGAUGCACUACGAGCUAUUAACCAGGUUCAGCAAUGGCUGGAAGCACUGCAUGAUCGAAGAAAUGCCCUAGAUCAGGCCUGGCAAACGAGAAAGACCCAAUUGGAACAGUGUUUGGCAUUGGCCAUUUUGGCAAAGGACUUAGAUGAUGUUGAGAGUAUACUAAUGAAGAAGCACGAUGAACUAUCAGGGGCGUUUAGUUUGGGUGAAUGCGAACACACUGCCAAUGCAAAACUCCAGCAGUAUCAUGAACUGAAGCACAACGCAAUGCUCUUGCGUGAUCGUGCUCUGAAGAUUACUUGCGCCGAAGAGAAGCUCGUUUCGUCUGGCUGUUUCGCUGGGGAUGAGGCUCGUUCUAGGGCCUACAAUAUUCUCAGUGGAUGUACAGAAUACCUGGACACAGUCGAACAGCGAGAACACUGGCUGGUUCAAUCGAAAGAUUUCUUCGGCAAGGCUGAAAAAACACUCGCUGUUCUGGAGAAACUCGAAAUCGAACUGUCCACUGUCAAAUUCCCCACGAACACACCCGAGAGUUUUGCAAUGUUUUCGAAGAUAUUGAGAGAUGUUCGUGGAUUUACCGAAGAUCCAUUGCGUUUAGGCUAUAGCUUGCUUGAUGAUAUCGGUCGAACGAAGCCCGAAACACAGGGUGUCAAACGUGUUAUCGAAGAAAUCGAAAAUCGAAAAAUUUACAUCGAGAGUAUUUGCUCGACGAGCACCGAAGAGCAAGUUCGUGUCGAACAGGCACUCAAUAAUUUCCUCGAACAGUAUAAUCAACUUUUAGCUUGGUUACUUACCAGCGCUCAGAGUUUCCUCCAGAAAUCUGUUUCGUUGGGUAGAAAUCUACAAGAGAGCCGACGUUUCUUGCUGCAUCAUCAUGAGCUGAUGCAACAUUUAGAGGACAAAGGCGAGCUAAUCAACAGCCUUCUAGAAACAAUCAAAUCACACCUUGAAUCACUAAGCCCACAGCAGCGAUACGAUGUGGAUAGCAAAGCUGAAGCUCUCCACAAACACUGGAUUGAGCUUAAGGAUAUCGUAUUAAAACGGGUCGAUACGGUUUCUUUGCUAAUUGAAUUCUUUGAAAAGGCUGAACAUCUAGACGAUGAGUAUAAUAGUCUCGAACAGGGACUUGAGCAAGUAUCGGAUGAAAAGAAAUUGCGUUUUAUGCAAGAUUCUUGGUCGAAUAUUCAGAAAGAAUUUAGCAACCUCAAGGAACUAGGAGAACGAUUGAUAAACUUGAAAAUUGUGGAUCCAUAUCUUGAGACGAAAUCUCUUCGAUCCGACAUCGAGGAUAUCAUCAACAGCUUCAGUAGCCGCCAGAUCGAUGUUACAACGAGUUUGGAAAAUCUAACAACGAAAAUCGCGGAAAAGCGUGAAAUUGAAAUAAUAUUAGAGAAGAUUAUGAACGAUAACAAUGAGACUGCCAACAAAACAACCAAAGUGGACACCCAACUAUACCCGGUCUUCACUUCACCAUCCGUCGAUGCAGAAUUCCUGCACCACGAAACCAAACAAAAACUCACGGCCGUGGUGAAUGACAUCGAACAAGCCCAGGACGAAAUCGAACAACGCAUCCAGACCACCCUCAGUAUUCAAACAAAAGACCAAGAAUCUCUGCAAAAGAUCGACCAGGUAAUCUCGAACCUGCGCACUCUCAAAGGCAAGCUGGACGGCAUCAAGUAUGACUAUCGCACGCUUCUCGAAAGUGUAUUGAACUUUGUCGAAAACGUCAUACAGCUACGCCAGCAAAUCGAUGAAUAUUUCGUUGUGCAGAAAUCGAAAUUUCCCGAUAAUAGUUGCGAGAAGAUCGAUCGCAUUAUAGCCGAUCAUGAGCGAUUCCGGGAGAAUUGCAUGGAUAACUUUAGAUCGCUUAUAACGCAGAGCGAGUUGCUGAUUGAUCGUGUGCGUGUGCUGGAGCCGUUGGGCGCACGCGAAGUCGACACGGACCGUAUAUUGAAAUUACUGGAGAAUUUGCGAAUUCAUUUCGAGUCAAGAAACGGUGCGAGAAUGUCGGAUUUGGAUCGACUGGAGAAGUUGGAGAGCUUCAGGAGUGACCUUUACGAUAUUAAUAGGAGUUUGGAUAGUGUGAGCAAGCAGUUGAGUGACAUUAAUGGACAGAGUAUUGACAGUUUGGCAUCGGCCAAGACGACUUCAUUGGCAUUUGAGUAUUUCGAGAGAACAAUCGAGCUCCUGGAAAAAAGGAUCACUAGCUUUACGGAAAAUUCUCAAUCACUUUAUGCCACUAAUCCAGAUAGUGAACAAUUCGUUCGAGAUGAAUUGAAGAAACUUGAAGAUAAAUGGAAAAAUUUCAAGGAACAGGUGAAAUCGAAACGGAACUCGUUGAAUUCGGCAACGGACUUUUUUGAAAUUGUUGAAAAGAUUGAUGCUGAAUACAGAGAAAUCAGUUAUUUCUACACAAGCGUUUCAAAUAAAGUAACAUAUCUGAGAGAUCCCGUAGAAGCAUCGAAUUUAGUCAACGACAUUGAAACUUAUAUUGGAGCCAGGGAAGGACGAUUACGUGAUAGUUUAGAAAAAGCCCAUCAGUGUGGACAUGAUGCUAGAAAAGCUACAGCACUGCAAAAUGACGUCUUCACUUUGUUCCAAUCAUUUGUAAAAUUGAAGACAGACAUUAGUAUAGUUCAGGAGCGAAUGAAAGUUGAGGAGCGUUUGAGAGAACAACAAGCACAGGCUGCUAAGGAUCAAGCGGAAAGGGAACGCUUUGCAAAAGAACAAGCGGAAAGGGAACGUUUAGCUCGGGAACAAGCUGAAAGGGAACGUGCGGCACGUGAACAAGCUGAAAACGAUCGAUUGGCUAGAGAACAAGCUGAAAGAGAAAGAUUUGCGAGGGAACAAGCUGAGAGGGAAAAACUUGCUCGAGAGCAAUUGGAGAGAGAAAAAAUUGCCUGGGAACAAGCAGAACGGGAACGACUUGCAAGAGAAUAUGCAGAAAAAGAUCGUGUUGCUAGAGAAAAUGCCGAAAAAGAAAGGCAAGCUUGGGAACAAGCUGAACGAGAGCGGUUUGCCAAGGAACAAGCCGAGAGAGAUCGUUUGGCACGAGAACAAGCUGAAAGAGAGUUCUUGGAAAGAGAACGCCAGGCAAGGGAGAAAACUCAAGCGGAAUUCAUGGAACGAGAGUUGCUAGCAAAUCAGCAAGCUGAACGAGAACGUAUUGCCAGGGAACAAGCUGAAAGAGAAUUUGCUGAGAGAGAACGAUUGGCAAGGGAACAGGCUGAGAAAGAACGUCUGGCUAGGGAGCAAGCUGAGAGGGACUUUUUAGAACGUGAGCGUUUAGCUAGAGAACAAGCUGAAAGGGAUCGGCUGGCUAGGGAGCAAGCAGAACGUCUCUUUAUGGAACGGGAAAGAAUGGCCAGAGAACAGGCUGAAAAAGAACGUCUUGCCCGGGAGCAAUUGGAAAGAGAUUUUGUCGAAAGGGAACGUUUGGCACGAGAACGAGUCGAACAAGAGAGAAUUGCUCGGGAAAAAGAAGAGAAGGAACGAAUCAUCAGGGAACAAACUGAGAUUGUGACCAUCAUCAAGGACAAUGGAAACAACGACCAAGUUGCCCAUUCCGAAAAUAAUGAGGAAAUAAGAAAGGAACUGAAAAUCAAUGAGAUGUUUACAGAGAUCAAAUACUCUCAACCUAGAUUUACCAGGCUCCUGAAAGACGCUGUGACCAAAGAAGGAGACCGUUUCAUGUUUGAGUGUCAGGUGGUUGGAAGUCCAGCUCCAACUGUCGAAUGGUACAAGGAUGGCAUACUCAUCCACAACAAUCCAGACUACAAGACUUCCUUGAGCAAUGACGGCGUCUGUACACUACUCAUCGAGGAGACUUUUGUAGCCGAUUCAGCAAGGUUUAGCUGCAGGGCUUCUAACUUGGUUGGAGUCACUGACACCAGUGCUAGCUUGUCUGUGCGGGAAAACCCUGCCGAAGUGCAAAUGAGCCCACCACACAUUGUCAAGUUCCUCGAAAGUGGCAAGGCAACAGAAGGAAGUCCAUUUGAGUUCACUUGCAUUGUGACCGGAAACCCACUGCCUACCGUUCAGUGGUACAAACAGGACAAGUGCAUCGAUGAUUCACCCGAUUACGUCAUCAGCUACAACAAUGGCGAAGCAAAGUUAAAGUUCGAAGAAGUUUUCCUAGAAGAUGACGCCAUCUAUACGUGCAGUGCCUCGAAUCAAGUAGGAAUCGAACACUGUUCAGCUAGCCUCAUUGUGGAACCUCUCGAACCAACUGAAACACCACACUUCAAGAUCCCCCUCAAUAAUGUCAUGGCGCGUGUCGGACAAAAGAUCAGACUAGAAGCCUUGGUAGGGGGCAUCCCUAGACCAGAAAUAUAUUGGACACACAAUGGCAAGCCAUACGCGAGUCGUGAAAUGAGGUACGAGUAUGGACGUGUCACGCUGAUGAUCCCCGAAGCAUAUCCCAAAGACUCUGGUGAAUACGUUUUGACAGCAAAAAAUCUCGCAGGUGAAGCAUUUAGUACGUGUAACGUGAUGGUUAAGGGACGUCUACCUAACGAAACGUCCGAUUCGGAGAUGGCUAGUGAUAUUGAGCCGAUUAAGCCAUCUGUUCAGCUGCCGCUUAAAGAUGUCUCCAUCUUUGAGGGCAAGUCGGUACGGUUGGAUUGUGUGAUCGUGGGCCAGCCAGAACCCGAAGUGAUUUGGUAUCAUGACGAGAGACCUGUCAAGGAGUCCGCAGAUGUGCAGUUGCUCUUCCAGGGCGAUCGGUGUUCGUUGUUGAUCCAGGAGGUUUAUCAGGAAGAUGCUGGGCAUUAUAAGGUUGUGGCCAUCAAUUCCGCAGGUGAAGCAUCGAGCAGCUGUGAGCUGAAGGUCACUCCCCUGAACAUUGCCGAACCAGCAACUAGAAAUCACAGUGAAAGUGUUACGGUAUCGUUGGACAAGCAACCAAAGUUCGAGAAGUUCUUGAGUGACGUGCUGGUUGCUGAAGGUGACCCAGUGGAAAUGGAGUGCAUUGCUGUGGGCGAUCAACCACUGCAGGCUAAGUGGUACCUCAGCAACAAAGAGCUCGAAGAGACCACCGAUAGAAUCAAAAUCAUAGCAGACAGCGAGAAAGGUAUCUUUAAACUCGUCUUCAGCAGUGUGUCAGUGGAUGAUAAAGGUGUUUAUACAGUGAAAGUUUCCAACAAGUCCGGAGACGCUAAGUGCUUCUCGCACUUGAUUGUGAAGAGUGUAAACGCGCCCGACAACCAACGAGUGCAACAGAUUGAGAUCGAGGAGAAACUCGUCUGCCCAACCUUUACGGAACUCUUCAGUGACAAGAACGGAAAUCCCGGAGAAGUCAUCAAGUUCGAGUGCAUUGUCAAGGGCAAACCGACCCCCAAGAUACGUUGGUUCUUUAAUGACCAGCCAGUUCACGGCAAGAACUUCCUUAUCUCAACCAGUGGCGACAGGCAAGUUUUGACGAUCCCCGAGGCCAGCCCCGAAACUGUUGGAAAGAUUUGUUGUGUUGCAGAAAAUGAAACAGGCAAGGCGACUUGUAUUGCGUUUUUGAAUCUGAUCGGAAAUGGUCUUCAGCCUUCUUCAGUGGCCGACAUGCAACAAAGCACUCAAGAACACAACACGGGAUCUUCGAGUGUGACCAUCAAGAAACAAACCUUCACCACGACUUCAACAUCCCAGGUGAACAGCUACGAAGGAAAUCUUCCCCAGAUGGAGGUCCACACCUCCAGUGCCCACAUCGACCAAAGCCUCAAGCAACUAGGCACCCAACGCCCCGAGGUAGUCGAAAGCCACCACUACCAGGAAUUCCACAAGAGCAAUGACAUGCCUGCAACAAUUCAGCAGAAAUCUGUGGUAUCAAUUAAAUCAGCCAGUGAUCUGUCACCCAAGAGCACUCGCAAACAAAUUGCUCCCAGAUUCACAACUCCUCUGGUUGGAAAGAUCGUCGAUCAGGGAGCUGAUGUAUUUCUCGAGGCCAUUUACGAUGGGUUCCCAUCGCCGGAAAUAAAAAUUCACAAAAAUGGCGCCGAAUUGUUCGAGAAUGACAAAACUAAGAUAUCGAAUAAGUUCAAUCGGCUGACAAUCGACUUGAAGCAGGUUGGUGUCUUGGAUGCUGGGCGGUAUUCUGUGACAGCAUCGAACACUAUGGGACAAUCGACAAGCACUGCUGAUGUUGUUGUAAAAAAAACUAUUUUCCCUCCUGUUUUCGGUCAUCGUCUGCAAGCCCAAGUUGCUAAACGUGGCGAACGUAUUGUCAUGGAAGUCGAAGUAACUGGAACACCCGAUCCAACUGUCACAUGGCUGAAAGAUGAUAAACCUUUGAAAGAAGUCGGUUUGUCCGAACAUAGAAUCAAAUCAGUGGGAAAUACACACACUUUAAUCAUUGAAAAAGGUCAAACUACUGAUUCUGGUAAAUUUAUGGUGAAAGCAACUAAUGCCGGCGGAGAAGCCAAGAGCAUAGCAGAUUGUGUUAUUGUUGAACCAACACCGGAACGAAUGGUUGAAGUUGUCAAAACUGUCAUCUUUGAUGAUGCCAAGGAUAUCACAGCUGAGACCUUUAAGCCAGAACCACCUGGUUUUCAAACAAAUCAUUCGACAACAACAACUGAAACCGAUUUGCAUGGAACUUCUGAAUCAAAAAUUAUAACCGAGCAUCGUUGCACUACUGCAGCAACUAUGCGUCUUGAACACAAGUCUGCCUAUUUAGAUUUACCGGUCCUACAGCGACCACAACCAACCACUCAGACUACAGAGACCAAACCGAUCUUGCCGGAUUUCAAAAAUAUCUCAACCAGUUUCCAAAACAGUCAAACAGUCACCGAUUCGGUACAACCUGCACCAAAACCACAGGUCCCAGUUCAAGCCACUCCAUUUAUGGAAAAUGGACAAACCGAAACCACUUCGGUUAGCAAAAAAUCGUCCUUCGAAUACUUUAAGAAGAUCGAAGUUCAACAGCAACAGCAGAAGCAACAUCAACAAUACCAACCGAUGAAAGCUCAAUCAGAGGAGAAGUAUAUGAAGUUUCAAGAUAUGACUAAGCCAACAGGUCCUCAGCUUUCCAUUAAACCAGGGGCACCUCCACUUGAGACAGACUUUAAUCUUAUCCCGGGUUCUCCCCCAGAAAUGUGUUAUAUUCCUAAGGUUGAAUACCAAAAGCCUCAACUGGCAGACAAGAUCAAGAAAAUUGAGCAAUCUCAGGCUCAGCAGGGGUUGAAAGAACCCCCGAUGGGUGGUGUUCAGCUUCUUCCCCAAAUGUCACCAAUUCUCGAAGAGACUUCACGAAGCUCUUCAUUUGUGAAAGAGACAAAGAUCGAGUACGGACAGCCGAUUAUUAGACCAGCUGCAAACCUACCAACUCCAGCAAGACCCUUCACUCGAUCACCAUCUCCGAAGCCUUCUGCUGAGGGCUUGAGGAUGGAAAAACUAUGGACACCAACACCCACUCAAAAUGGCGGUGACUAUGAAAGUUACAAUAGUGACUAUGAACACAGUUACAGGAGUGAACCGGAGUGUGAGGUUCCAAAGACGAUUGUGCAGACCAAACAAAUCUUUGAGGAAAAAAUCAAGGAGCACGAAAGUCGAGAGCUCUCUGCACCAAAUUUGGUGAAACAAGUCACUUCGGUGUCUAUCCCUGUGGUUGUAACUCCAAAACCAGACCCACUACCUGAUAUAAAUCUUGUUCCUGGAUCUCCUCCAGAAAUCUGUUUUGCUCCUCAACCCGAACAGCGCCGGCAAUCUCUAGUCGAAGCAAUGGAGAAAAGCCUUGAAAUUGAUCUUCUGCGUGGACCUUCGAAAGUGUUGCCCCAUUCCGUGCCAACAUUCAUUUCACAAGCACAACCAACAACUAAAGCAUCUCCAGCCUCGGUUUACUCUAAGCCCAAUCAAUUUGAUGUUCCUAAGAUCGUAAAGCCUCCACCACCAGUCUUGCCACCAAAACUUGUGCGCCUUGAGGCCUCAGAGAGUGAAUACGAAAGUGAUCGUUGGAAGUACAGUGGCAGUGAAUCAGAUGAAUCUUGUUUUAAGCCUGUCAAGGCCCCACAGGUUGUUGGCGCUCGUCCCAAAUCCAUGGAAGUUCCUCAGGUUCCGCUUAAAGUAAGCGGCUACACAGCCGACACUGAAGAGCUAAGCUCUCGAAAGUUCGAAUCAGUCUUCGAAAGUCGCCAGUUUUUCGAAAGCAAACAACAAAGCAGUACGCAACAAUAUCAAAAUGGCUUCGGUGCGUCACCCAUUCGGGAAGAAAAGGAUUUCAAAAAAUCAUCAAUGGUCAGUAACAUAACAUACAACGUCCCACCGAAACCCCAACCUGUACCCACUGCUGUAAGCCCAUCGAGAUUCAAUAAAGGUGAUGUAAGCGAUUAUAGCAGCGAAAUUGACGAACGUUUCCGAUCGGUAUCACGCACCUACGAAUCUGAUUCCGAAAUCAAGGGCUAUCGAGUGGUUCAUCCUCCAACUCCUACACUCUCUGGACGUCGAUCAAAUAUCUCCAAUGGCCAUAAAUCCCCCCUACCACCAAUGGAAUUUGAACAGCCUCCACAAAUGCAAGGUCCAUCGAGACCAAAAUUUGAACCUAUCAAACAGGAACACUAUCAAAAGAGUCAAACUCAGAGUCAAAGUCAACAACAAAAGGUCUUCAAACCCAAACCAGUGGCUGCAAAGUUUAUAGAAGCCACUCAGGCUGCAUCUUCUCCUAAGACUACCAUGUACUACACCUCAGUCACUGGUGCACCAAUGCACUUGGCCAAGGUGGCAACCGAGACAAAGAACUCAAUGCAAAUGAAGGAGUCUACUGAAACCUGCCAACGUAUUGUUAACAUGCAACAGACCAAGCGAGUCAUACACUUCGACAGCAAUGAACAAAAGCAACGCAGCGAAACUCCCUUGGAACCUUUUCCGUAUACGGUUACUAGUCCCAACCGCUUGACCCCAGCUCGUCAAAGUGUUCCCCCACCUGGCACUCCAACCAGAUUUGUGCCUGGAGACUUGAGGGAGUCAGACUAUGAGAGCGAAGUAGAAGGCGCCAGAAUACGUCCAUUAUGGACCCCAAAUCCAAAUGAAGGAGAGCCACGUUAUCGCCAUGUUGAACCACCUCACAUGGGCGCAGGUGGACGUUGCACUAGCCUGCCACGCACAUACGAACGAGUCCUGUCACCUAUGGAAUUCGAUCGAGGUCCCGAGAUGCCUUCAAAGAUUCAUAUUGACACUCAAAGCCAAAGGCAAAAUAGCCAAACGCUUGACAGAUAUUCCUCGUCUUCAUCGAAGAAGACAUAUCAGCGACACGUCACCAAGACCACACGUGACGACAUGAACCUCGAAGUUGGUUCACCACCAAAAUACAGCUAUAUCCAGAACCAGGCCGAUUCUCAAGCCAACGAUAUGGGCACCACGUUCCUGCAGAAGCAUCACAAGUUCGUCAAUGACAUAACAUCUGACUUAAAAGCCGCACCAACCCAGCACAUCCGACCGGGAUUCAAACGGGCCCCAAGUGAAGGCACGACAAAUAAGCCCGAGGCUUACCGGAACGAAUCUAGAGUUUCCCAAUACGGUACAAAAUGUGUCGACCCCAAUACAGGUUUGAUUUACUUCAAAUAUGAUUUUGGUUAUGAAUUCGGAAUUCUAUUUCCGGGCGAGGGUAAGAAAUUCAUUGGCGGUAAGUCCUAUUCGUCGUCUUCGAAUUCGAAUAAUUUGCCAAAGAAGUCAAUCUCGAGUUCGAUGCAAAACCUAGCUGGUGAAAUUGUUAUACCAGUUCAACAUGAACGCUCGACUCCAGCACCGGGACAAUCAUCAGUAAACACUUCGUAUCAAUAUUCAAAUGCGUAUGUUCCUCAAAAACGUCGUACAUCGUUGCCAACAAUCGAAAUCAACAUUGAUCGACUGCAUGCAAAUGAUUCAGCAUUGCCUAAUUUGAGAACAGAAGUUUCGCAAACUACCACAGUUUCUGAUCAAUCAUCUGAUGUUCCUGUCAAUUCGCAUUUACUACGUCAGAAUCAAACAAAGAAGCCUCCAAUCUUUAUAACGCCAUUAAAAGAUAUAGCAGCAGCAACUGGAAAAACUGCUCGGUUUGAAUGCAUUGUCCAAAGUGAUCCUAAUACGGCUAUUGCUUGGUUUAAAAAUGGCUACGAACUAGAUUGCAGCAAUAAACACGUCAUCGAAUAUCGAAAUGGAGUUUGCCGAUUAACAAUACCACAAACUUAUCCAGAUGAUGCCGGCAUUUACUCUUGCAGUGCCGCAAAUUUAUUGGGUACAGCAACAACACAGGCACAACUUGUAGUUUCAACCAACAAUCGUGGAUCACGAAUUUAUGACACUAAUUCAACAACAACAUCGUCUCAAUCGCCAACACAAAACGGAGGUGAUAAAAAAUCAUCCGAAAAAGUAGUUGAUGUUGAAGUUGAAGUUGAAGUUGAAGCAGAAAAACAACCAACUAUCACACCAUCACCUACCGGAUUACGUACAAUUCUUAAAAGUGACACAAUAAAUACGUUUCAAAAAUGGCAAACAAGAGUUGAAUCGGUCCGUUAUGUGACAACAAAGACCUUCGCAGUUCCUGGCUAUAAUAAAACAACAACAUCAACGACAACAACAACAACUCAAGACAAGUCAACAUCUCCUAUUCCACCAUCAUCAUCACCAUCAUCAUCACCAUCAUCAUCUUCGUCGUCAGAACCGCAACCGUCCAAAAACAACAACAACAACCAUAAUAAUAUUGGAAGUAAUCAAAAUUUAUUUUGUUACAUAAUGCAACGACAAAAUUCAAAUCCGUACCAACAGGGUGCGAUGCAGCAACAGCAGCAGCAGCAAUCUCAACAAUUUGUCACUCAACAACAACAACAACAAUUUUCUCAACAAGUAUCAUCAUCAACUCAGCAACAGCAGAGCUUUAGCCGCACUGAACACCAUGUUCAAAGGAGUCAAGUUACAACUCAGCAAAGAGUUCAACAACAUGGUGGCGCAACGAUCAUGCAACAACAGCAGAUGCUACCAUCACUGACACACGUCUAUGCCCAAGGUGACAUUUCACCGCCAGUCUUCGAACAGAUCUUUCGUAAUGCCCGAUUCGCACAGGGCGGAAAUGCUAUGUUCGAAGGUAAGCUCCGUGGCAAUCCAAAGCCAUUCGUUACUUGGACCCGGAAGGGCGCACCACUUCUGGAGUCACAAAAGUAUCGGAUGAACUAUAACGAGGUCACUGGAGAAGUGUCAUUAUUAAUCAAUCAAAUUGGGCCCGGCGAUGAGGGCGAAUACACAUGCAGCGCCCGUAAUCAAUAUGGCGAAGCUAUUUGCUCAGUUUUUAUUCAGCCAGAAGGUAUGCCAAUGCCAGUGUUGCAGCCAAUUCAAACUCACGAUAAGUCCAUGUACACCAAUGGAUACUCUUUCACAUCCAUCGAAGAGGAGUUCCGUGUUGACACCUUCGAGUAUAGACUAUUGCGAGAGGUCUCUUUCCGAGAGUCAAUUACGCGACGAACACAGUAUGAGUCCGAUUUCCAUCUUUCAACAGAAGUGGAUCGCUCGCUUGGACCUGCUUUCGCACCGCAGAUCAAUACCAAGCCACGCAAUUCAAAGCUCGUUGAGGGCUCCGAUGCUGUGUUCACUGCCAAAGUUGGAUCGAAUCCUAAGCCAAGGUUGACUUGGUUCCGUAAUGGUCAACGUAUAAUGCCAUCAAACAAACACGAGAUCUCGUACUCUAGCAACAUGGCAACUCUUCGUGUGAAGAACGCAAAUGUUCAAGAUGCCGGCCACUACACUCUGUUGGUGGAAAACGUUCAAGGUUGUGUAGUAUCGUCUGCGGUGUUGGCAGUUGAGCCAGCCACAGAAUCUUCACAUGAACCUAAGCCUGUUGACAUCAUGGCUGAACAGUUGGAAGCUGGUAAGGCCUUGCCACCGCAAUUUGUGCGGGCCUUCACCGACCGUGAAGCCACUGAAGGGCGAAUGACUCGUUUUGACUGCCGGGUGACUGGAAAUCCUUACCCAGAGGUCUACUGGUUCAUCAAUGGCCAGAUGAUCAACGAUGAUGCCACCCACAAGAUAUUGGUCAACGAAUCUGGCAGCCACUCGCUGAUGAUCACCAACGUUAGUCGCUAUGACGGUGGUGCAGUUCAAUGCCUGGCCCGAAACAAGGCCGGCGAAGUUGCUAUCGAAGCUCAGCUUAACGUGCUCGAGAAAGAACAAGUCGUGGCUCCACAAUUCGUUCAGCGUUUCCAAACUAUCACCGUACGUGAAGGAGAACCCGUUGCACUCAGUGCUAAUGCUAUCGGAACACCAGUGCCAAGGAUCACAUGGCAGAAGGACGGUGUUCAAAUAAGCUCAACACAAGAUCGUUUCGUUGGCAUUGACGGCGGAGCUACAUGCUUGGAAAUACCACGCGCCACUCCAGCUGAUGCUGGUUGGUAUCAGUGCACUGCACAAAAUGUUGCAGGAUCGACGGCAAAUCGUGCCAGACUCUAUGUAUUAGAAACUCCCAGAGAUCAGCCCCAAGAACAAAGACGUCUACAGUUACCAAGGCCCACUAAAGUUAUCGAACCAGAACCUGUUCCUGGGCCAGAAAUCAUUUACUUGCGUCAUGUGGAGCGCGCCAAGCCUCACUUGCGUCCCGGCGAGGAGGACCGUGUGUAUCCACCACCGCAAUUCAUCAUACCACUACAAAAUGUUCAGCAGACCGAAGGAGGACGCGUCCACAUGGAAGCUCGCAUCGAACCAGUGGGUGAUCCUUCAAUGGUCGUUGAGUGGUUCCUUAAUGGAAGACCACUUGCUGCAAGUUCUCGUGCCACAUCAGUGUUCAAAUUCGGAUUCAUCGCAUUGGAUUUGAUCACAAUUAUCGAACAGGACAGUGGCGAAUACAUGUGCCGUGUCACUAACGCCACUGGAAUGGCUGAAUCUCGUGCCAUUCUUACAAUUGUCCAACGUCCUUCAAUCGAACAGAGGUCACAACACCCAAGCAGCUUGCAAUACAUAAGCCAGCUCGAAGACUACUCGAAAUACUCUCGCCAAGAGAGUACUGAAGAGCUGAUGAACCAAAAGCCGGCUUUCAUAAAGCCUCUGCACGACUUGGGCGAGUUUGAAGAAGGCAAGAACAUCCACUUCGAGGCCCAACUCACUCCAGUUAAUGACCCAACUAUGCGUGUUGAAUGGUACAAGGAUGGCCGCCCAAUUACCGCCAGUUCGCGAAUCACUGCAAUCUUCAACUUCGGCUACGUCUCCCUUAACAUCAUGCACCUACGGGCUGAAGAUGCUGGUUCGUACACCGUUCGGGCUGUCAAUAGGGUUGGUGAAGCUAUCAGUACCUCAACCAUCCGCGUUAUUUCAAGAAGCCAAGUAACCGCUGAUUUGGGUAUUCCCGAACAACAGCGUUACAUCGAAAAGGUCGAGGAGUUGGAACAAUAUCAGAAGUUACAACACAAGAAGUAUGUUCAUGAAGUCCCAGAGCCAACCGGGCCCCCAGUCUUCAAGACUCCCAUCAAAGAUCAAGUGGAUAUGCGGGAAGGAGCUUAUGCUCAUUUCGAAGCCCGUUUGGAACCAGUUGGAGACUCUACCAUGCGUGUAGAAUGGUUGAAGGACGGACGACCUCUUGAGGCAAGCUCAAGAAGCACUACAUUCUUUAACUUUGGCUAUGUUGCACUGACCAUCAAGCAACUAACAAUCUAUGAUGCUGGCGUUUACACUUGCAGAGCCUACAAUUCACUUGGACAGGCAACGACAGCGGCCAAUUUGACCGUUCUUUCGAAGAAGGCAAUUGUGUCCGAUUCACAACACCCAGGUGGUAUGCAGAAGAUUCAACACCUGGAAGACUCAUCGAGAUACGCUCGUAACGUGGAGGAAGAGACUAAGGUCACACAGAUUCCUCGUUUCUUGGGUCCCAUGAAGGGCACCAACAAGAUUUUAGAAGGCCAACGCGCUCACUUUGAAGCCCGCGUUGAGCCACAAUCCGAUUUGUCAAUGAAAAUCGAAUGGUAUCACAAUGGAAAGGCCAUUACCGCGGCCAAUCGCAUACAGACUUACUAUGACUUUGGAUACGUAGCUUUGGAUAUUUCAGCCGUGCGUGCUGAUGAUGCCGGUGUCUACACUGUGGUGGCCAGAAAUAAGCUAGGUGAAGCUCAGUUGUCGGCAACGAUGGUAGUUGAAACUCGUUCCAGUAUUGACACAUCUAGCAUGCAUCGUGGUUUGGUCGAAAAAACUCGCCAACUGGAGGGCCAAAAGUUCGUUGAGCCCGAAUACGACAUUGAGGAAAUUUCAAAAUCGAAGCCCAUCUUCGUCCAACCACUGUCUGAUCCAAAGCCAAUGCAUGAAGGCAAAAACAUUCACUUGGAGUGUCGCCUCGAACCCAUGGGUGAUCCAACAAUGAGGGUUGAGUGGUUCCAAAAUGGUCGCCCCAUCACUGUAGGAUCCAGAUUCAGGACUUACUAUGACUUUGGCUUUGUUGCUCUGGACAUCGUCCAGACUAUCGCGGCUGAUUCAGGAGAAUACACCUGCCGUGCCACCAACCAUCUUGGCUCGGCCCAUACUUCGGCUUGUGUUCGCAUCAUUGACCGAUCUGACGUUGUCACUGAGACUCAAAACGAAAUGUCUCUGGAACAAAUCCAGCUGUUGGAAGAUGCAUCUCGUCGUCGUCAUCAAGUUGCUGAGGAGAUCACAGUCAUGCAAGCUCCCCAGUUCACUCGUCCAUUGCACAACAUCGAGACAAUGGAAGGAACUAACGUCCAUCUUGAGUGCCGUUUGCAACCCGUUGGCGAUCCAACUAUGCACGUUGAGUGGUUCGUAAAUGGGCAACCCGUUAAGACUGGCCAUCGUUUUAGGCCAGCCUAUGAAUUCGACUACGUUGCCUUAGACCUUUUGGGAGUGUACGCCAUCGAUUCUGGAGUGUACACAUGUCAAGCCCGCAACCAACUGGGAGAAGCUGUUACAUCGUGCUCAGUGCGCAUUAUCGCAAAGAAAGAUCUUGUCUUGGACACCCAAAAUGCAUCAGGUCUUCAGAAGAUCCAAUACUUGGAAGACUCUUCCAGGUACAAGCGCUCAGAAUACGUGGAUGAAACUAUCAACAUUCGUCCCCGUUUCCUCACUCACCCCAAGAACCUUGGAAACAUGCGUGAAGGAGCACAUGCUCACUUUGAGUGCAAAAUCGAGCCAGUUACCGAUCCUAACUUGAAGGUUGAGUGGUACAAGAAUGGCAGGCCCAUCACUAUUGGUCACCGUUUCAGACCAAUUCAUGACUUUGGCUACGUUGCACUUGAUAUCGUCGAUCUUAUUGCUGAAGAUUCCGGCGUUUAUACUUGCCGUGCUGUUAAUCUUGUCGGCAGCGAUGAGACUCGUUGUGAGUUGGUAUGUCGUGGCAGUGAACAAAUUGUUACUGUUACUCAGAACGAAGCAGGUUUGGAGCAAAUCCAUUACUUGGAAGAUAAGUCGAAGUACCGUCGCCAUGAAGAAAUCGACGAGACAACCAAACAGGCUCCAGUCUUCACAACAUCUUUGAAGAACAUCGACAUCAAGGAGAACCAACGCGCUCACUUCGAGUGCCGUUUGAUCCCUGUCUCUGACCCCACAAUGAAGGUAGAGUGGUACCACAAUAACCAACCUUUGAAAUCAGGAUCGCGCUUCACCGAAACCAACAACUUCGGUUUCGUCGCUCUUGACAUUAUGUCAUGUCUGCCGGAAGACGCUGGUACCUAUACUUGCCGCGCCUACAACGCUAUCGGGGAGGCUGUCACAUCUGCCAUUGCCCUCGUUCAUACUAAAAAAUCCAUUUACAUGGAAUCUCAGCAUGAAGGUGCCUUGCACCGUCUGCAAUAUCUUGAGGAAUCGGCCAAACGUCAAAAGAUGAGUACUCAAGAAGAAGUCAUUACUCAAGCUCCAGUCUUCACCAUGCCUGUUAGAGACGUUCGAGUAGCAGAGAAUCAAGCGGUUCACUUUGAAGCCCGUCUGAUUCCUGUUGGUGAUCCUCAUUUGACCGUUGAAUGGUUGCACAAUGGACAACCUAUUGAAGCAUCAAACCGUGUCACGACAAUGCACGAUUUUGGAUACGUUGCUUUGAACAUGAAGUACGUCAACCCUGAAGAUUCGGGUACUUACACUUGCAGGGCUGUCAAUGAACUCGGUCAAGCAGUCACUUCGGCCACUUUGAUUGUUCAAUCGAAGGCCGCACUACAAAUGGAGACUCAAAACGAAGCUGCCAUGCAUAAGAUUCACCAGUUGGAGGACCACACAAAAUACACCCGCCGUGAAGAAGAGGAGAUUGAGGUAACUCAGCCACCAAGAUUCAUUACUCGUUUGAUUGGGCCUACCAACCUCGUUGAAGGUCAAAGUGCUCACUAUGAAUGCCGCAUUGAGCCUUACCCAGAUCCAAAUCUUAAGGUAGAAUGGUUCCACAACGGAAAACCACUGACAACUGGUCACCGUUUCCGAAACACCUACGACUUUGGUUUUGCAGCAUUGGACGUUUUGACAGUCUAUGCUGAUGAUAGCGGUGAAUACACCUGCCGUGUAACCAACAACUUCGGAACCGCAGUCUCGUCCAUUAACUUGAAUGUACAGACUAGGUCUUCAAUCAUCCGUGAGACCCAACACGAAGGUGCUCUCGAAAAGAUUCAAUACCUUGAGGAUGGUACACGUUUCCAACGCAAGGAAGACGAAGACAUUUACAUGGCUGAGAGGCCACAAUUUGGAAGGCCUUUACGCAAUGCCAACGUUUCUGAAGGCCGACCAGUCCACUUGGAAGCCACUCUAACUCCCGUUAAUGAUCCAACCAUGAAAGUUGAAUGGUACUGCAAUGGUAUUCCCAUCCAAACUGGUCAUCGUUUUAAGACCACAUACGACUUCGGAUUUGUUGCUUUAGACAUUUUAUAUGCUCAUGCUGAAGACACUGGCACUUACAUGUGCAAGGCUAAGAACGCUGUCGGUGAGGCUGUUACGACUAGUGCUGUAAACGUCACAGCAAACGCCACCUUAGUGCUUGACACCAUGGACGAGCAACGUUUGGAGAAGAUUCGUCAAUUGGAGAAUUAUGAAAGACCCAAGGCCCAAGUUGUCGAGGAGAAGGGUCAAAAGCCCGUCUUCUUGACACCACUUACCAGUCUGGAACAUCUUAAGGAAGGAGAACACGCGCAUCUUGAGUGCCGUGUUGAGCCAAUCAAUGAUCCUAACUUGAAAAUCGAAUGGUUCUGCAAUGGAAAGGCCAUUGCCGUAGGUCAUCGUUUCAGGACAACACAUGACUUUGGUUACGUCGCUUUGGACAUUCUCUAUGCUUAUGGAGAAGACACUGGCACCUACAUGUGCAAGGCAACCAAUCUUCUCGGCGAAGCUAUGAAUACAUGCAAUGUUCGUGUGCUCAACCGUCGUAGCAUGAUCUUGGACACACAGCAUCCUGAUGCUCUUGAGAAGAUUCAAAAACUCGAAGCCAAGGCCGCUCCAAGCCGUCAAGAUAUCGACGAUCUUCCAAUUAGCCCACCACACUUUACAGUUGAACUUCGUGGAAACACCGAAAUCUACGAGGGCAAAACCGCUCACUUUGAAGCCCAAGUUCAACCAAUGCAUGAUCCCAAUCUUCGUAUUGAGUUCUACCACAAUGGAAAGCCUUUACCAUCAGCAUCGCGCUUCCAUAUCACUUUUGACUUUGGAUAUGUUGCUCUUGAUAUUUCCCAUGCAGUCGCCGAGGAUGCUGGUGAAUAUUCAGUGAGGGCUGUCAACAAUUUGGGACAGUGCACAUCAUCAACCAAUCUGCGUGUGAUUCCCUUCGGAGGAAUCCUUUCCGAAACACAACAUCCCGAGGGUCUUGAGAAGAUUCGCCAACUUGAAUCAAAUGCUCCCUUCCAAAGGCCAGAAGUUGAAGGACCAGCAACUCGUCAACGCCCAGUUUUCACCCAGCCUCUUCAAAACAUCGAUCGCAUCAAUGAGGCCCAAACAGCUCACUUUGAAGCUCGCCUCAUUCCUGUGGGUGAUCCAAAUCUCAAAGUGGAAUGGUACCGCAACGAGAAGCUCAUCGAGGACAGUUCUCGUAUCACCAAACAACACGACUUUGGAUUUGUGUCUCUGGACAUUUCCCACAUCCGCAAGGAAGACGAAGGCGUCUACAUGUGCCGCGCCAUCAAUCCACUUGGAGAGGCAGUCACAACUGCUUCUAUGCGCGUCGUCACUGAGGCCAGCAUUCAAAUGGACACCCAGCAUCCAGAGAGUAUCGGACGCAUUCGCCAGCUCGAGCACCCAUCAGCUCCUAAGCCCGAAGAACCAGAACGUAUGUUUGAAAAACCAAUAUUCACUCAAUUGCUUACAGGACCAUCAGAGCUCUGGGAAGGACAACAUGCUCACUUUGAAGCUCGUGUUGUUCCAGUUGGUGAUCCAACUUUGCGUUUCGAAUGGUACGUCAAUGGAGUUGAACUCCAGAUGGGAUCACGUCUACGCACCACCCAUGACUUCGGUUUCGUUACGUUGGACAUUAACUCAGUUGUCAAGGAGGAUUCUGGAAUGUACAUGUGUAGGGCCUACAAUGCUGCUGGUGAGGCUGUUUCUUCAACUGGUAUGAAGGUGAAAACAAAGUCUUCUAUUGUUGGAGAGCCUUUGAUCCCAGAGUCUUGGGAAGCAAUCCGUUUGAAGGAAGCUGCGAUGAACCGUGUUCCCGAAAUGUUUGUUGACACAUCACCACAACAGGCACCAGUCUUUACAACCCAUUUGCAAAGCUUCGACAAGCUCUCCGAAGGGCAACACGUUCGUUUGGAGGCUCAAGUCGAGCCCAGAGCCGAUCCUAACCUUAGGAUUGAAUGGUUCAAGAACGGUAUUUCUCUUACCACUGGAGCUCGCAUUCGCAGCACUUUCGACUUUGGUUUGGUUAACUUGUCGAUCAAUGGACUGCGUGAUGACGAUUCUGGAAUUUACACCUGCAAGGCUACCAACUUGAUCGGUGAGGCCGUUUCGACAUCAUCAAUUAAGGUCGAAGAUCGCCACUGGUUGAUGGCUGAUACUCUUCACCCAGAAUCUCUGCCACGCAUUGAUGCCCUUGAAGCACCCAAAGAGGGACGUCCUGCUGCUCCAGAACCAGUCUACGAGUCACCAGUCUUCAUCACUCAUUUGAACAACAUCGAGUGCAAGGAGAACGAGAGCGUUCGCUUCGAAUGCAAUGUUGAGCCAGCUCGUGACCCAACCAUGGGCAUCGAGUGGUUCUACAAUGGCAACCCAUUGCCAGCUGCAGCCAAGUUUAAGAGCAUCUAUGACUUUGGUUACUGUGCUUUGGAUUUGACAAGCUGUUACGCUGAAAACAGCGGAAUCUACACUUGCAAGGCUACCAACAGCAGGGGAUCCGCUACCACUUCCGGAACUCUGAAGUGUACCAGCGAUAAGACCAUGUUCUUUGAAACGCAACAUCCACAGGGAACUGCUGGUCUACAAGCUGUUCAAGAAACGGAGGAAGCUCUCGCAAAUAGAAGCAAGCCAAAGGAUGCCAAGCCCGAGAAAGCCUAUCCAGCUCCGGUUUGGACCGUUCCACUCAAUCCAGAAUUCAAAUUGUCAGAAGGACAACCAUUGCAUUUGGAAGGUAAUGUCGAACCAAAGGAAGAUCCCAACCUAUUCAUCGAAUGGUACUUUAACGGCAAACUUUUGCAACAUGGCUCGAGGUUCAAGAUGACCAGCGAGUUUGGCUUUGUCACUUUGGACCUCAUUGAGGUCUAUGAACGUGACCAGGGCAUGUACACUUGCAAGGCUUACAACAGGUCCGGAGAGGCCUUCACCCAGACAACCAUCUUCUGCAGCAGUAAGGAAAGCAUCAUUGAAAGGACCCAGCAUCCAAAGGGUGCAGAAGGUCUGGAGCAAAUCCAAGACUUGGAAGAGUCAUUGCGUAAGGACGGUACUAAGCCAGAGUCCCCAGAAGCAGGUCAAGCUCCUCGUUUUACAACCGAAUUUGUGCCAAUUAUGGACAUUGGUGAGGGAGAGAUUGCUCAUUUCGAGGCCAAUUUGGUCCCAACUGGUGACCAGACCAUGGUUAUUGAAUGGUUCUACAAUGGCAAAGUACUUGACGCUGGACAUCGCUUCCGUACUAUUUACGCAUUUGGAAUGGUUGCUCUUGAAGUAUUGGGCACUAAGAUCGAAGAUUCUGGCACUUACACCUGCCGUGCUACCAACAAAUGGGGCACCGCCGAGAUUCACGUUGAAUUGGGUUGCGUUGACAAGCCCAAGGGCCAGAAACCAAGGUUCACUUCACACAUUAAGAGCUUGGAAGGACUCAAGGAUGGACAAUCAGCUCACUUUGAGUGCACAUUGAUUCCAGUCAAUGAUCCAGAGCUCAAGGUGGAAUGGUACCAUAAUGGUAAACUCUUGCGUCACUCGAACCGCAUUAAGCCUGUCUCAGACUUCGGAUAUGUUCUGUUGGAUAUUGCUUACCUGCAAGAUCACGAUAGUGGAGAAUACGUAUGCCGUGCCUGGAACAAAUACGGUGAGGACUUCACUCGUGCCACACUCAAUUGCCGUGGACGUGGAGGUGUAUUCUCGGACACCCUUCAACCCGACUCACUGCAAAGAAUUCGUGAGCUGGAAUGCCCACAAAUGGGAGACCAACAUGGUCCAACCACACCAACUGGAGAACCACCUAAAUUCAUCACUCAAAUUUCCGAUGCCGUCAAAUUGGUGGAAGGACAAAGUGCUCACUUUGAGGCUCGUCUCACGCCAGUCACUGAUCCAGAGUUGGUCGUUGAAUGGUACUUCAAUGGAAAGAAACUGCCACAUGGACACAGAUUUAGGACGUUCCACGAUUUUGGUAUUGUUAUUCUGGACAUACUCUACUGCUAUGAAGAGAACUCUGGAGUAUACGAGUGUCGUGCUUACAACAAGUACGGCGAGGACGUCACUAGAGCGACUCUUAAGUGCUCAUCAAAGGCUAGCUUAAUUCUGGACUCGCAACUGCCGCGAGGCAUGGAGGGAGGCUUGGAAAAGAUCCAAAACUUGGAAAACUCCAUGAUCCGUUCCCGUGAUGAGACUGUCGAGGAAACACGUGGAAAAGCACCUGUGUUCACUGUACCUCUAUCAAACAUCGACAACUUGCGUGAAGGUGAAAACGCUCACUUCGAGGCCCGCCUUACACCAACCAACGAUCCUAAGCUUAAGGUCGAAUGGUACUGGAAUGGCAAACCAUUGCGAGCUGGUUCUCGCUUCCGUACAUUCUGCGACUUCGGAUUUGUGAUUCUUGAAAUUUCACCAGUGUAUCCUGAAGAUUCUGGUGAGUUCUCAUGCCGUGCCAUCAACGAAUACGGUGAAGCAGUCACCACAGCUACCAUGAAGAUCCAAGGCAAACGCAGUAUCAUCAUGGAAUCGCAGCUGCCAAAGGGUAUGGAGGGCACUAUCGACCGUAUUGCUGAACUUGAAGGCCUCGGUGCUGGACGUAGUGAAUUCGUUCAGGAAGACGACUCAGGCAAACCACCAGAGUUCAUCACAACACCUUUCGAUAUGGUCAUUACUGAGAACUCGUUGGCUCACUUCGAAUGCCGCUUGCAGCCAAUUAACGAUCAAAGUAUGCGCGUUGAAUGGUUCCACAAUGGCAAGGCAUUGUGGGCUGGUUCCCGCAUUAAGACCAUCAAUGACUUUGGAUUUGUUAUCCUUGAAAUUGCCGGAUGCUAUCAACGUGAUUCUGGCUUGUAUACCUGCAAGGCAACCAACAAACACGGUGAGGCUUCCGUCUCAUGCAAGUUACAAGUGCGUGGUCGCCAGGGUAUCAUAAUGGAACCACAACUGCCAUCGAACUUCCGCAGCGGUACAGAGAGUCUGCAAAAACUCGAAGAAAGUCUGCACAAGCGUGAGGAGAUCUUCAUCGAUGAAGAACAACCAAAUCCACCCAAGUUCACCGAACAAAUCAAGGACAAUCUCGAUGUUCAAGAAGGCGGACCCAUCCACUUUGAUUGCAAGGUGGAACCAGUUGGUGAUCCAACAAUGCGAAUUGACUGGUUCUUCAACGGACGUUCCCUGGCCACUGGCUCUAGGGUGCAUAUGUUGAAUGACUUUGGAUUCAUUGCGUUGGACAUCGAUUACAUCUAUGCACGUGAUUCUGGCGAAUACAUCUGCCGAGCCACAAACAAGUGGGGUACUGCCCAGACUGUUGCAAAGGUAACAUGCAAAGGCAAGAGCAACAUUGUCUACGAUACACAAUUGCCAGACAGCAUGACUGCUGAGAAAUUGAAGGAACUCGAACGUGGACGAAUUGUCGAAGAGCCAAAACCAGUCGAACAAUCAUUUGGUCCUCCAAAGUUCAUCACAGAAAUUGCCUCAGUCAUGGUUGAAGAAGCUGAAGCUAUCCGUUUUGAGUGCCAAGUUGAGCCUAAAGAAGAUCCUAAACUGCGUAUCGAAUGGUACCAUAAGGGUAAAUUGAUUCCUAUCGGACAUCGUUACCGUACAGUUCAAGAUAUGGGCUUUGUGUCCUUGGACAUUCUGUACGUAUAUGCUGAGGACUCUGGCGAGUAUGUCUGUCGUGCCGUGAACGACUAUGGUGAAGACAGAACUGUUGCAACAAUUAGCUGCAAACAACAACCAUCAAUUGUUCUCCAGAACCAGGUACCAAGAGGCAUGCACCGCAACGAAACCAUCACCCAAAUGGAAGCAGCCAUCAAGAGGUACACAUCUGAAGUACAUCUCACUGAAGAUGAUCUCUUCGACCCCGAUCGCAAGCAACCACCAAGAUUCGUCACCCAAAUUAAGGAACAAACCAAGCUGGUAGAGAUGCAAUCUACCAAGUUUGAAUGUCAAUUGGCUCCAGUAGGUGAUCCCAACAUGAAAGUUGAAUGGUUCUUCAAUGGCAAACCAUUGUUGCAUAAGAACCGAUUCUUGCCAAUCUAUGACUUUGGCUAUGUAGCCAUGAACUUUGGAUGGGUAUACCCAGAAGACAGCGGUGAAUAUGUAUGCCGUGCUACCAAUUUAUACGGUAUGGACGAGACCAGGGCUAUGAUCAAGACAACUGGCAAACCAGGAAUCGUUUACGAUUCACAAGUACCAAGCUACAUGAACAGCAUUGAAAGAAUCAGAGAGAUGGAAGCAUCAUGGCAAGUUGUUCCUGAAGAGCCUGAUGUAGAUGCCAAACCAAGAUGUGCACCAACAUUUGUAAGCAAGUUGGAACCACAAACUGUAGAAGAGGGCGAAUGCGCGAGAUUCUGUGUACGUGUUACGGGACAUCCACGGCCGAGAGUAAUGUGGCUCAUCAAUGGACACACUGUUGUGCAUGGAUCUCGUUACAAACUUACAAACGAUGGAAUGUUCCAUUUGGAUAUUCCAAAAACACGACAAUACGACACUGGAAAAGUAGAAGUCAUUGCUCGCAAUUCAGUUGGCGAAGCAAUUGCUACAACCGAACUCAAAGUAGUUGCACGUUCCGAUGACUAUCGUAGCAUUUUGAAGAAUUCACCAAGACCAUGGUAUGAUCAAGAACUAUCAAUUUACCAAAAAGAACGUCAAGAAAACGAACUAGAGAAGAUGUUCGAUGAGCGUAAGCAAUAUUUGGCCGAUCAGAGUGGAGCCAAUCUAAAGGGAGUUGAGCAUCUUAAGCAAAAGGUUAUCAAACCUGAAGUGCCUGAGUGGCAAAAGACUGUCAAGUCCAAGAAAAGCGACGACUACUACAACAAAUUGCAAGAACUCGAAACCGAACAAUUGCUUAAGGAGACCAAGUUACGUGAAGACCAUCAUCAAUUUGCUAUUCCCGGACAAAAGAUUGUUGCCACCUCGGCUGCCAAGGGUAUGGCCCAAAACUAUGAAGAGAGCUUGUAAGUGUCCUCAAAUAUUCACCCCAGCUUUUCGAACCUUUCUUGAAUAUUUCAUUCUUUCAAUUUCAGAGAAAAAUCUGAAUCCUUAGAUCAACAAAAAACUACCAGCACUCAGAAGAUCAAGAAGAAGGGACCCGCUGAACCAUCUGAAUCAUCGGUACAUGGUCGUGAAGUGCACAUGAACAAGCAGAAACAAGUCCAGAAGCAAGUUGUUGGAGAUCUUGAAAUAACUCGCAAAAUAACUGCUACUGAAACAACUGAAGUCGAACAUAAGGGCACAAUUCAAGAACGUGUCGUUGAGGGACCCGUCCAACCAGCUAAGCCUCCAGUCUUCACAAAGAAGAUUCAACCAUGCCGUGCCUUUGAAAACGAACAAGCUAAGUUCGAAGUUGAAUUUGAUGGUGAGCCAAUGCCAACCAUCAAGUGGUAUCGCGAAAACUUCCCCAUUCAAAACUCCAAAGACUUGCAAAUUCACACCUUUGGAUCAAAAUCAGUUUUGAUUAUUCGUCAAGUCUUUGUUGAGGAUUCAGCUGUGUUCUCAUGCAUUGCUUCGAACCGUGGUGGAACUGCCAAAUGCAGUGCUAACUUGGUUGUAGAAGAGAGACGUCGUGCUGGUAAGGGUGGAAUUUCACCACCAAGCUUUGUUCAGACCAUUCAAAGCACCAACGUUGCAACUGGACAGUUGGCUCGAUUCGAUGCUAAAGUAACCGGCACCAAGCCUUACGAUGUAUACUGGCUGAAGAACGGUACAAAGAUCCAGCCAAACAUUAAGCACAAGAUGCUCGAAGAGGACAACAUUUACACUUUGCUAGUCAUCGAACCAACUCCUGAGGAUUCGGGUCGUUACGAAUGUGUUGCUGUGAAUGCAGCUGGUGAAGCUCGUUGUGAUGCUGAUUGCUUCGUUCAAUCGCCAACCAAGGCCGACAAACCAACCACACCUGGCAUUGAAAAGGCACCAGUUCUUGUUGAGCCAUUGAAGAACCAAUCCGUCGAAGAGACCAGCAAGGUUAUCUUCAAGUGCCGUGUUGUGGGUAAACCAACACCAACAGCUAGAUGGUAUCGUGGGGACAAUAUGAUCAAACCAUCGCGUUACUUCCAAAUGACCCGACAAGGAGAAUACUAUCAAUUGGUUAUUUCGGAGGCGUUCCCCGAAGAUGAGGGUGUUUAUAAGUGUGUUUUGGACAGUAAAAUGGGCACAGUACAAACAAGUGCCACAUUAAAGGUGCGUCCACUUGAGAAUUUGGAUGCUCCACCAACCAUAACUGCCUUGAAAGAUGUCACUGUGACCGAAGGUUUACCAGCUCAAUUUAAGACAACCAUCACUGGCAAAGUAAAGGCUACAGGAGUGCAAUGGCUGCGCGAAGGACAACUGAUUCCUGAAACACCCGAUUUUCAGAUGAUUUUCGAUGGCAACAGUGCCGUUCUACUUAUCGGAACAACAUACGAAGAAGAUUCUGGUAUCUUCACAGCUCGUGUAACAUCUUCAACUGGACAAGUUGAAUCAUCAGCUAAACUGACCGUUAAAAGUAAGAAUGACGCCAAUGAACGUCGUAUUUCUGCAUACCAAUUGCAAACAAUUGAUUCUGUGGAAGAUGAGUCAUCCUCUGGCAAGGAGGAUAGCUCACCAGAGUCUCCCCAACCACAACAGCCCUACCCACCGCAGUAUACUCAAAAUUUGCAAGUAAACGGUCUCAGUGGUCGUAAGCCGAGAUCGAAGAAGCCACGCAGCAAGAGUUUGCAGCCUCAAUCCAAUAUUGUCCCUUGGCGAAAGAGCUCAAGACCUCGUCGUGGUCGCUCACUUGAGAAGCAACCUUUCCUUCCUGGUUUCAAACCGGAGCCAGUUAAAUCAUGGACUGAGGAGCCAAUUACGUUGAAACCGGCAACAAUUGAAAAGAAGGUUGUACCGAAAUAUGAAGUCGCAAAGGUAUUCCUUAAAUCGAUCAAGGAUGAACGUGAUCAAGGGUUGCUCAGUAUCGGUUAUCAAUUGGAGAAGAUCAUUGAGGGCAAGACUGAAAAGGAGGCAAUUCCAUGGGUGACAAUGCGUGAGAAAUUACGCGCUGUUGAAAGAGUUCAGAAACAAUUGGAGAGUUUUGAUAUUGAAGAUGUCUAUUUGUCACCAUUGCAAUAUGCCAAAGAACCAAUAACGCCACAACAGCCUCAACAGGCACAACAACAAAUUAUGAAAGAAAGAGAGAUUGAAAGACUGAAGAGUUUCGAAGAUGGAGCUAUUAUGGAUUUCACUGAAGAAGUUGAGAAACUCAUUUCGACUCAACCGAAAACUGAUGCAAUUCCAUGGAAAGAAAUGCGCAAGCAACUCAAAUCCGUGCAGAAGGUUCAUAAGCAAAUUGAAAAGUUCAAGAUCGAAGAAGUUGAAUUGAAGUCAGUAAGUGUACAGAAUGCAACUUCACAAAUGGUAACAAUGACUGUGGAUGAGUCUUCUAAGGGAUCAAUUGAGAAAGUAAUGACUAGGGAAGAUAUCGAAAGAUACGAACAGAUGAGUGAAGCACAGAAACAGCAGUACAUCACAACUGAAGACAUAAAUAUUCUCACAGUUGAAGAACGAGAAAGGUUGGAAGCUCAACGUCUGAUUAACCAGCAGCACGCAACGAAUUGGAGAAAGCCAAGAACUGAGUACCAACAACAGAAUAGUUCUUUAUUAGAAGAUUCCAGCACAAUUGAAAUAGAAGAAGAUACCAAGAAAGUGGUAAAACAACAGGCCACUGAUGAAAUUGCAGUAUAUCGACGAAUGAGCAAGACUGAAAUGACCCAAGAAUCACAUCGUCAAGAGUUCACUAGUAUUGAAGACACUAAUAUCAUGAGUCUUCAGAAGAGUGAAUGGGAAGAUAGUGAAUUGAUAAGAAAACAAGAAGCGCCCGUUCAUUGGCGUCGUGGCAAGCCAGCACAACAGACAGAAGAGACUCAACUUGAACACGUUGAAGACUCUACAUUCCUUGAUCGCCGGGAACAAGAGACUGAGGAAGUUAGGAGAGAAGAAUCGGUGAUACAGCAGCCGAAACACUGGCGUAGAGGUAAACCAACUGAAUUCCAGCAAGUUGAAGAUACCUCAUUGCUGGACAUCAAACCAGAUGAAGUUGUAGAGGAAACAACCCAGAAACCUCAAGAGGUACCAGUUAUGUGGGAAAGAGGCAAACGCAGGCCAAAAGAAGAAAUUGCUACUCAAGAAAUGGCUACUGUUGAACAGAAAGAGGAAAAAUUACAGCCAAAACCAACGAAACGCAUCAUUCCACAGAAACAAGAACCAGAACAGGUAGAAAAAGUCGUUCUUAAACCAAUUCCUAGACAGAAACCACAGCAACAAGUUGUUGAGGCAGAAGAGCUAGAACUUAAACCUGUAACUAAGCCCUUGACGUCUGAAGUAAUUUUGGAUCAGCAUAGACCACAAAUAGAGGAAGAAGCAAAGGAGAUUAUAAAACCUGCUCCAGAAGAGGUUAAAGAAGAAAUUGUACCUAAAAAACAACCUGAACAGAUUCAACCUCAGGAAACUGCUGUACCAUGGUUAAGAGGUAAAAAGAAGGAGCCCCAACAACAAGAAAAAGUGGAACAAGUUUCUCUUAAGCCCACACCAAGACAAAAGCCAACACCUCAAGAAGCUGUGGCUGAAGAAGUUCAACUUAAGCCUGUUUCACGACCAAAAGCUACAGAAACCCCUGAAGAAAUUUCUCAUGUAGAAAGGGUAUCAGAAGAAGUUACUGAACAAAUAAAGAGAGUCAAAGAAGAAAUUGAAGAAUCUAUUGAAGAAAAACCAGAACAGCAACCAAAGGUACUGGAAGUUGCUGUUCCAUGGGUUCGAGGCAAAAAGGUCGAAAAACAACUUCAAGAACCUGAAAGGGUUGAGCCAGUUGCACUCAAGCCAAUACCUAGGCAAAAACCAAAACCAGAAGAAGCAAUUACUGAAGAAGUUCAACUUAAACCAAUUGCUAGACCGAAACCAGAAGAGGCCGUUACUGAAGAAGUUCAACUUAAACCAAUAUCUAGACCAAAACCAGAAGAAUUGGUAUCUGAAGAAGUGCAACUCAAACCAAUUUUAAGGCACAAGCCAGAAGAGGAAGUUAUUGAAGAAGUUCAAAAGAGAGGCAGACAGAAGGAGCCACAACAACAAGAAAGAGUAGAACAAGUUUCUCUAAAGCCCACACCAAGGCAAAAGCCGAAACCUCAACAAGCUGUGGCUGAAGAAGUUCAACUUAAGCCUAUUUCACGUCCAAAAACUAAAGAGAUCCCUGAAGAAAUUUCUGAACUAGAAAAGGUAUCAGAGGAAAUAACCGAACAAAUUAAGAAAGUUGAAGAACAAAUUGAGGAAAGUAUUGAUGAAAAACCGGAAGAGCAACCAAAGGUUCAAGAAGUUGCUGUUCCAUGGGUUCGAGGCAAAAAAGCCGGAAAACAAAUUCAAGAACCUGAGAAAGUUGAACAAGUUACGCUCAAGCCUACUCCUAGGCAAAAACCGAAACAAGAACCAGUUGUUGAGGAAGUGCAAUUAAAACCAAUUGCCAAACCACAACCAGAAGAGGCAAUGACUCAAGAAGUACAACCAAAGCCAAUUUCAAAGCCGAAACCGAUGGUCAAGGAAAAACAGAUCUCACAAGAAGAAAAGGUGCUUGAAGAAACUCCUGAAGAAGCAAAACCAGCACAAGAGGAAGUUGAGGAAUUGACACGCCCUGAAGAAAAACCUGAACUUCAAACAGCACAAGAGACCGCUGUUCCAUGGAAACGAGGAAAGAAAACCGAAAUACGUCUCCAAGAGCCAGAAAAAGUAGAACAGGUCACAUUGAAACCUACUCCCAGGAAACAGGCUACAAAACCAGAACCUGAAAAGCCUGAAGAAGUACAGUUGAAACCAUUUAAAAGGCAGUCCAUUGCUGAGCUUCCACAACAACCAGUUCAGCUUGAACCUGUUCCUCAACCAGAGAAACCUGUUGAGGAAGAAAUUCAACCACAACCACAGGAGGCAGUUCCUUGGCAACGAGGAAAGAAACAGAAGCCACAACCUGAAGAAAUUGAAGAGAAAUCAUGGCCAACUGGUAAGAGGAAGCCUAUGGAAAAAGAGCCUGAAGAACCAGUUUCUCUCAAGCCAAUUCCAAGACAAGUUCCAAAAGAAGAACCUAUCGAAGAGGUGUCACUUAAGCCAGUGAAACGUCCUACACCAAAACCUCAAAAGGAAGCAAUAGAAGAAGUGAUCCUUAAACCGGUAGUAAAGCAAAAAACAAAGCCAGAACCAGAAGAGGAACAACAAAUUACAUUAGCACCUGUUCUAAAGCCAGAAGUUGUGGAAGAAAAAGAACCAGAAAAACCGACCGCAAUAAAGAAGAAGCCUAAAGAAGAACCUACCCCAGUGGAAGAGGCUCAAUGGCCAAAGGGAAAAAGACGUCCAUUGGAACCAGAACCAAAGGAAGAGGUUCAACUCAAACCAAUUCCUAGGAAAACAGUUCCCGAAGCCCCUAAAGAAGUUGAAAAAUCAAAAAUCACACAAAAGCCCAAGGAAGAAAUUCCUUCAAUUCCCGAUGAAGAACCAAUUCAUCUAGAGAAGGUUAAACCAAUUGAACCAGAAGAAAAAGAAAAGGUACCCGAAGAAGUGAAACUACCAUGGAAGAGAGGAGAAAAGAAGAAGCCAGAAGAGCAAACAAUUGAAGAGAAGAAAUGGCCAAAGGGCAAGAUUCGUCCUCAAGAACCAGAGCCAAUGGAAGAAGUUCAAUUGAAACCAAUUCCGAGAAAACCAAUUGAAGAAGUUGUAGAACCACAACAAAAGCCAAAGAAAACACCGAAGCCGAAACAUGAAAAGCUUCCAGAAAUUCCUGAUGCCGAACCAGUUGAGUUAGAGAAGGUUGAACCAUUUGAAAUAGAAAAGGUUCCAGAGGUGCCAGAAGAACAACCAAAGGUGCCAUGGAAGCGUGGUGAAAAGAAGAAGCCUGUAGAAGAGCCAAUUGAAGAGAAACAAUGGCCAACAGGUAAAAGGAAGCCAAGAGAAGAAGAGGCACCAGAACAUGUUCAACUUAAACCAAUUCCAAAGAAACAACCUGAAGUCGAAGAACAGUUGCCAUCUCCAAUCAAGGCACCCGUUCUGAAACCGGAGGAACCUCAAGCUCCAGAACCAGAAGAAGAAGAAAUCAUUUUCGAGCCGGUAGUCGAAGAAGAACCACGCAAAGAAAAACAGAAAAAGAAGAAACCAAAGCUUCACAAGGCCACUCGGUCCGUGGAUGAAGUGAGUGAGGAGCAAGUUUUGCCUUUCCAAGAACCUAUUGCCGAAGAAGAUCAAGUAGAUGCUUUGCCAGUUGAUUUGACAGGUAAAAUUGCUGUUACAGAAGAAGUUCUUCCACACACAGCUGAAGAAAUCCUCACCGAAGAAAUUGUCAAACAACGUGCUCAUAAGAAACGCACAAAGCGCCUCAAGGAAGUCUCUUUCGAUGAACAGCCCCAAUUGCUGGACGCCGAAGAGGUCAGGGAAGAGGAAAUAGUAGAAGAACAAAAAGAAGUUUCUCAAAAAACAGUUACCCUUCAGAAGAAAAAGGAAGAACCAAGACCACAGUACAUUACGACGGAGCAGCUGAUUGAGGUCGAUGUUGAUGAGGUUCAUCGUGAGAUUGAAAUGAAGCUCACUUCGAACAUUGUUAAGAAGGAAAGAAGACGCAUUCACAUCGACGACAGUCAGCCGCUUCCCGAACUGGAACUUAUUACGCAAAAACGAAUUCAGGAAGGUCUUGAUAAGCUUGCUGAUGAAGAACUCAUCGAAGACCAAGUCAUCCAACAAACCUCUGAGCAAACCAUGUCCGAGGUUAUGGAACAAGAACGAAAGAUAGUUCGUAAGAAGAAACGCGAAGUUCGUCCUCCAAGAAUUACCGAGAAACUAAUGCCUCGGGAAUGUGUUCCCGAUAAGCCAGCAGUUCUUGAAUGCAAAGUUGAGGGUAUACCGUUCCCUGAGAUCAACUGGUACUUUAAUGACACUCUUCUAUUCGCUUCUGAGAAGUAUGAGAUGUCUGUGGUAGAGAGCGUUGCGAAGCUUAAGAUCGUCAAGGUAACACCACAAGACGUUGGAGUUUACACGUGCCAAGCUAAGAACGAAGGUGGUGUUGCAACCUCAACUGCUAAUGUCCUACUUGAAUCAGAAACAGGACUAGCUCCACAAUUUAUCAAGCCACUCAAGAUUGAGUUUACCGAAGAAAAACCAGAAAGAUGCUCAGUGACAGUCACCUGUCAAGUUGAGGGAAUUCCUAAACCAUCUGUGAAAUGGUUCCGUGGUGUCGAAGAACUUAUACCAAGUGAAACAGUUCAAAUGUUCUAUAACGAAGAAACCGGUGAAGUAGCCUUAGAAAUUAUAAAUCCACCAAUAAAUGAAGCUGUAAAGUAUUCAGUUCAAGCUGAGAACACUUUUGGUAGAGCAAUUGGAAAUGCCAAUAUUCUGCGAGAAGACGAAUCAUCUGAAGAAACUAAAGAAAUACAGAAACCACCAACUGUCACACCGUUGACAGUUAAGGUUGUACCAACUGGUGGAACUCUUGUAUUUGAGUCCGUCUACGACGGUCUGCCUAAGCCUGAAAUUAAGUGGUUGCGCAAUGGUCGAGAAGUCCAAGUCAAUGAAGAUGUUACCAUCAUCACAACAGAAACCACAACAACAAUAACUGUCAAAAAUAUGACCCGCAAACGAACCGGUAAAUAUGAAAUCUGGGCAAGAAAUUCAGUUGGCGAGGCUAAGUCUUCUGGUUCUGUUGUUGUUUCCGAUCAACCACAGAGCAAAGAAAUUCAACCACCACGUUUCAUCGAACCACUACGACCGAAAUUCAUAGGCGAAAAUGAAGUAGCCAUUUUAGAGGCAGUAGUUGAAUCCGAACCGGUUUCUUCAUUCCAAUGGUUCGUUCACACUGAACCAAUCAAAAGCUCAACUGAGUGUCGCAUCAUGACAGAAGGAAACAAAUCGGUUCUUUUAAUCGAGAACUUCAGCAAAAAAUUUGCUGGUCCUUACACGUGUCGAGCGGAGAAUGUAGGUGGUUCAGUUACUUCUUCAGCUACCGUUGACAUCCUCGAAGAUUCACCAUUCGAACAGGUGACAGAAUUCAUUUCACCACGAUUUAUUGAACCACUGCAACCUGUCCAAGUAAUGGAUGGUGAGAAAUUACAUUUGAUAUGCGAGGUACAUGGACAGCCAAUACCACGUGUAGAAUGGUUCCACAACGACGAGAAGAUUGUCGAAACUAAGGAAACAAUUAUCACACAAGACAUUCGCGGGGUUUGCACUCUGUCUAUUGCAGAGGUAUUCCCCGAAGAUGAUGGUGAAUAUACGUGUGUGGCAACGAACAAAAUCGGAGAGGCCAUUACAAAAACAACUGUUAACAUCCAAGCAUUUGAAUAUAUCCCCGAUUCUGAAAUCACUGGUCAAACUGCUUCCGAAGAAGACCUACUCGAUAAGACAAUUUCGAUUGACGAAAUUGCACCGAAAAUAAUUAAAAAACUCCCCGAAUUAGUUCAACCCAAAGAGGGUGAACUUGCGAAACUUGAAGUUAAAGUUAUUGGAAAACCCAAGCCAAAAACAAAAUGGCUACGCGACAACGAAGAGAUAUUCGCUUCAGAAGAAUAUCAAAUUGAGAAUUUCGAAGAUGGCACAUCGGUGCUGGUAAUAAACCAUGUUUAUCCCGAUGAUGUGGGUACGAUUAGUUUCGAAGCCUACAAUCCAUUGGGUGUUGCGGUAACAACGGCUGAAUUUGCUGUUGAAGGAAUCGUCGGAACAAGGGAUUACAGAAAACCAGAAUGGGUCAGUCACAUGGAGGAAAUGCAAAAACUCCUCAAAGCUCAUAAAUGUUCACCAACUUUUGUAUCAGAAAUGAGAGAUUGUCGUGCUGCGCUUGGUGAAUCUGCUAAAUUUGAAGUACAAUUCUCAGGAAAUCCAAUUCCAGCUCAACUUCAAAAACAGAACAAAAUUAUCAAUACAAAUUCUAUACAACUUGCCAGUGAAUAUUUUGUGUCGGACCUUCGAAAACAUAAAUUCAUUUUUCGAAAAAUUCAACACUUUAAUUUCUUAAAUAAGAAGACCGAAAUUGUUUAUACACAUUAUGUAGAUGUUCAAUGGUACUUCAACAACGUUCAACUUCGUGAUUCCGAUAAAUAUCGUAUUGUCAUCGAGGAAUUUACAUCCUCACUAACAAUUCUCUCUAUUACCGAUGAGGACAGAGGCUAUUAUAUUUGUAAACUUGUCAAUGAAGUAGCAGUAACUCUGACUCGGGCUAAAUUUGACACAUGUUCGGUUUCACAAAAGACAGUUGUGGAAACUGAAAAAUCCAAGAAAUUUGUUACAAAGAAAAAACUUGUCAAAAAGAGCGGUGGUAUUCGCAAACAGAUACAAAGAGAUACUCGUAGAACAACAGUUUCUACUACUCCUGAUGUGUCAGAAAUGUCAGAUGUCCCUGAAGUGACAGUUGAAGUGAUUAAAGUUAAGCAACCUGUAUCGGUGCUUGUUGAAAAAUCUGAAGUUUCUGAAGUGCAAGUUGUCAAAGAUCGUAAAGAAGCCGAUGCCGAAAUAAUGAAGGAAGUAAAAGUUAUCGAAAGUGAAGAAAUUGAUAAAACCCAAUCAAAGAUAGAAGUUCAAAUUGACAAGCAAGAAACAUUACAAACAACUUCAACAACAACCACUACAACAACAACUACAACAAUUAAAAAAGUCGAAUCAAUUGAAAUCACCGAAACAGUUCGAAUAAUACGUGAGAAAAUCUCUCAAAAAUCAAUCAAACAAGAAGAUGUUUUGGUAUUGAAAAAACACGAAGAAGUCAAUUGGAUUUUAACUUCAAUCGAAGCUGAAACAUUUGGUGCUGGCGAAGCAGCAUUACGUGAUUUGGCAACUAUUGGACUAUUAUUGAGAUAUGGUUGUUCGAUUAGUGAAAUUACAUAUAUGUAUGAGGAAGAUAUAUUUGUGUCACUUAAAAAGCCCGAAUCACAAUCGGCCUUAGUAACACUUGUCGAAAGAGAAGGUCAUGAUAGAUUGAUAACAUUGAUUUUGAGUGAAAGUUCGACAGAAGAUGAAUCGAUAUUAGCAGCUACUGUGGGAUUUAAAGCAUUCAUAAGAAUGAUUGAAACAUGUGAGAUAACAAUUGAAGAAGUUAUUAGGAAAUUUGUUCGUGAAGAUUUUAUCGUGCAAGAUUGGAAGAUAUCGGCCAAAGAGCGAGUGGUAGAAACAUCUCAAGUUAUUGACUCUCACCAAGCGUUAACUCAUAUUAAAGUCGAGCAAACCUACAUUGAAGAACGGACAGUUGUAGCUGUUGAAGGUGUGAGCACAGAAGAAUACUUAGAAAUAGAUCCAACUGACCUAUCAAAAGAAAACAGCAUUAUACUGAUCAUCUGUCAACUGUCUACCGUGUGUUGUUGUGUCAACAAAACAAAUGAAAAAAAAACAUGCCGUGUAAAAAUUUGCCAACUAAACAAAAAAAAAAAAAAAACAAAAAGAAAAACCUACAAAUCCUUUCCAUAUUUUUUGACAAAUGAAAAAUCUAACACACAACUACAUUCUGAUACUUACAUUACAUUCGCAGAAACAACAACAACAUCAACAACAAUUGUUGAAGAACAUGCACUACAACAACAGGAACAAACGGAUAUUCAAAUCACUAAAAAGGAUAAAACAAGGAAAACGAAAAUCACCAAAAAACAACAACAACAACAACAAGAAUCCGUUCAAGAACAAUCAACUAUUUCAAACAUACAGAUACAACAACGACAACAAACAGAACAAAUACUCUUUCAAAAAGAGAAAAUCUCUGUUCUCGAAUCCCAAACAGAUCAAAUUGUUCAAAGUCUAACCGACCUUGAGCGACCAUUACCAGUUCAAACACUACCAAGCACAAUUCCUCUUGAGACACCUGUCAUCGGUGAGGAUGUACAAUUAACUCAGCUUUCAACAGAUUCUCCAUUAUCAGUGCAAGCCGAUAGACAAGUUGUGCCACAAAAAAUAUUGACAGUUCAAGAAGAACUGAUUGCCAACGAACGAGAGGACGAAGGAGUCCUUAUUGUACAGCAACACGUACAAGAAGUUGUUGAGACAAACAUUCCGAAAGAGGCGCUGCGCGCUGCAGAGGUUACAGAAGUUGCAACAGGCGAGAGCUUUGGCGAAAAGGUUACUAAGUUAAUAACAGCAGAAGCAAGUGCUAUAGUUCGCAGUGACUUACAACAGUCUGUUAUAGUGGAAAAGGCUUUGAUUGAACAUUCUCUAAAAGAUCUUCCCGAAGAUAUCACUUCAGAACAAAAAGCAAACCUCGACAUAUUACCAUUACAAUCUUGUGAUAAUUUCGAAGUCACAGCUGGAUUUUCGGAGGCAUCGUUCGAAGGUCAACCAGAGCCUAGAAAAGCGGUCAAGGCGGAAGAAGUCUUCACAACACACAAAAGCAUUAAAGUUGUAAAUAUCGAUCAAACUGAGUCUACAGGACAUCCUAUAGAAAUGCCAAGUGAAGUUCUUCAUCAACUAGAUUCGAGUAUUUUACUCAAUGAACCACUAGAAAUCUCUGAAACUAUUGCUGAAGAUAAACCAUCGAAAUAUUAUCCGGAAGUUAUUGUUCCAACUGAGUCUGCAACUAAAAACCUGGUAGAAAAUAAAGUAUAUCUUUCUGAGGAAACGAUCGCAGUUGAUAAAGAAUCUGAAUUACAACAGCAGAAAUUGACAACGAAAUCGAUAGCCAAUAUCGAGAUAACUGAGAAUAUUCCUCUUGAAAUAAGUGAGGCUAUACUUAGAGAUUCUGAAAAUAUAUUGCCUGAAGACAAGAAAACGCUAACAUUCCAAGCUAAGGAUGUGAUUGUAUUGCAAGAGAACGUCUUAUCGUCUGUAAUAGCUGAUACUCAAAGUCCAACUGAGGAGAAGACUAUAACCUUGGAUGAUUAUAAGGAAGCAUCAUUACAAGUUGUAGAGCAGUUGCAUCUAGAUUCACAUUUAAUCAUCACCCAUGAAACCUCAGGUGACUUAGUUACAGAUGAUACAAAGGUUACACUUUUGAGUGCAUCUGAAAAAUUCAAUGGACUACCAACAAGCGAAGUUCUAGAACAAUUUAUUGCUGAGGAGCCUGAUACUUUCGAAAGCUCUAAGGAAAGUUCAAUUAAUGCUAAAAAAACUGUUUCACCACACGAAGCAAUUGUCAUAUCGGAAGAUUCACCAUUGAGUACAACUACGGAUGUUGAAUAUUCCAAACCGAAAAAAGAAAAAAGUAGAACCGAUGUCCAUACACUUGAUGCUCCUGAAGUAAGUGAGGUUGACUUCCAUGAGAAGGAGCAAGAAUGGAAACAACCAACUAAGCCGGUCUCAGAAAUCGCUUCUACACAAUUUGAGCUCCAGGCCCCACUUAAUGUGGAGCAUAUUAUAACCGGUGAUUUAGAGACAGAUUUAUCUAUUUUGGAAAAACCUGAGGAGCAUACAGCUAGCCAAUCAAACAUUUAUUUCAACUACAAAGCCGCUUUGACCGAAGAAGUUCAACCAGAGCUUAAAACCGAUUUGCUGCAAGGUGAAAAACCACAUCAGGCCGAAGCAAAGGGGUCUUAUGAAGGUGUUACCGUAAUUGAAACUUAUCAACAAAAUAUCCUGGAGAACACUGUCAACCUCGAAACCAUCGAGACACCAAAGGCAAAGAAUUCGCAAGCGGUUAUUAAUAUUAACGAGUCAUUGAAGAUCACCGAAGUAAUAUCUAAUGAAGCUGAAAGUGAAAUGAAACUAACAGAAAUUCCACAAGAACAAACGGUUGCCGCAUCAAUAUCAGAAAGCAACCGACCUCUUGAAGUAUCUGACUUCCAAAUUUAUCAAACAAUAGAUGUUGUCGAUGAAUUAAAACCUGAUUUAGCCAAAGCCCACCAAUCCCUUGCUGAACUUGUUGGACAAGAUAUCAGUCAGCAGGAAACUUUGGAUCAGAUAACAAACCUUCAAUUAGAGCCCAAACCAAAAGAUCAAGUUGCAGAAGGUCUGCUCGAUUUACUACAACCAGUUGAAAUCAGUGCAUCUCUUACGCAUGAAAAAGAAGAUGAACUGAAUGUGCAAACGCCAUUUGAAACAAGAGAAGCUAAAUUAGUUCAGGUCCACGGCCUUACAGUUGCCAGCAACGACUUAGCAGAAUCGAACGAAGCCCUGUCUGAUAUUCCUGAGAACCAGCCUAAGGUUUUACAAAACGCACAAAUUUCACUCAACACAUUAUCAACAGCAGUACAAUCUCAGACAGGCACCUUAGAAGGUACUGAAGAUUAUCAUCAACAGCUGGCAAUUUCAACCAAAAUCUCAAAGGUGGAUAUUAUUUCAAACCAGGCUCAAAUUGAGGUCACAACAAUGGAGACAUCCGAAAAAGAAAAAUCCUUUACAACGCCAGCUCAAUCUGUGUCAGAAUCAGCGGAAAUUUGUAUUUCCGAAACUAAAAAAUCAGCACUUGUAAGUGAAACUAGUGCUGUUGAAAGUACUACCGAGUUAACGGAUGUCCGACCAUUGGAAUCUUCUGGGAAACCAUUGACUUCUAAUUAUAAUGAGGUUACAGUUGAUCAAGCUGUCAUAUACGAAAGAGAAAUAAAUUUACAGUCCCAUGAGAAAGCGAAGGAACGUGUUGCUGAAAUGGUUUUGAGUCCCGUUAACGCAGUAAUCGUCUUAUCGGAUAGGCCAUAUGAGACACCAAAUGAUUUCUUACAGGCAAUAGCCCCUCAAACAGAAGUACAGUUAGGGCAGUCUGAUAUUCUCAAAACUGCAAUUACUGAAGAAGUUGUUCCUAGCCAAAAUGUUGGUGAAGUUCUUCAAGAUAACGUUAAAAAGGCAAUUGCAAGUGAAACAAUCGACAAGGCCAAUGAAACUGAAAUUUCUGAGACCCUGGCAUAUGAGAAGUCCAUUGAUAAUAAGUUUGAUAUUAUUAAGCUGGAAGCCAACCCUCAGCAGACUAUUGUCAUAAACCAAUUUGUUGCAAUGGAAGAUAACAACAUAGUAAUCGAGCAGGAACAACAAUUUGAAAACAUAUCUGAUCACAAACUAAAAAGUGCUGAUAUUAAAUUUACGGAAACUCAAUUCGCUCCGACGGUCGAGGAACUAAAUUUAAUUGACAGUACAACAAAACUUACAGACAAAAAACCUUCUGCAGAUUCGGCUACACCAUCUGUAAUGACUAUGUUAUCUAGAAACAUUACUGAUGAGAAAAUCACGUUCGAAAGUGUUCAGCCAGGAGAAGACACUUUACAACCUCAUCCACAAAAAGCGACAAUUGACCAUGAACUAAAACGUAGUUACACUCAAUACGAGGAGACUCCCAAUGAACGUGAAGGAGUAUUUAGUCCCAAAGCAGACACCUUUGGGCAGGCAAUGGAGGCUCGAAAUGAAAUAUUACCAACCGGAAUUACAACUGAAAAUGCUGUAGUAGACUCCAUUGACAAUCUUAAUGAGCCAAACAUUUUAGAAGCUCAUGCUAAGCCUUUUAUAGAAGGAGCUAGCCGUGAAACUAUUAUCACCCUUGUAACAGCUUUUGAUUCAUCCAGCACAUUAGAAGACAACCAAACGCUGUUGGGAAAAACAGCCAACAUAACUACAACUGAGAAAUUUUCCACAGAGAUUUCUAGUGAUAUUGUUUUCUAUAAAGAAACAGAUGUAAGCACUAAGGCACCAAUUUCAGAGCAUGCACUGCCUUCAGUUCAAAGUGAACAUAAGCCAUUGACUACGGAAGAAGUGACUCCAGUCAAUCAAAUUACUGAGACUUAUGAUUUACUCGAUCGUCCACAGGCUAAAGCAAAUAUUACCGAAAUAUCACACAAAGCUAAGCAUAUUGAAGACGUCACAGUUUUUGAAGACACAACUGAUAUUUAUCAACGAAAACCAUCUUUAACUGAUGCAGGGAAGGCACAUACUGAGCUUAAGCCACUAGAUACGUCAACUGUUAAUGUUUUAGAAGCAACUGAAAACCUAUUUAUUAAGACUACACCCCUUGACCAAAUUCAACCAACUAUCGUUACUAAUGAACGUAAAGCAACAACAGUUGAAGAAAUUUUUACCAUACCCGGCAUUGAUAAUAUUUCGGGAUUCGAACCAAAUGAUGAAAAGGCCACUUUUGUAACACCCAAAGAAAAACAAGAGGUUAUGGUUGAAAAACCAAUUGUUUUUGAAAACACAUCUAAAUUUAAAGAUCAAUUGCGAGCCGAUGAGCGAUUAGCACAGUUAACAUACGAAGAAAUAAAACAGAGCACCAUAGUUGACCAAGUUCAGCCAGAAUUUAAGGAAGCAGAGUUCGAAUCACCCACAGCCAUUGUAGCCUUAGCUGAUGCAGCUUUCAGCACACACAGUACGUACAUAAACCAGGAAGUAGUCUUAGGGGACUUUACAGACCAAAUACAGUCACAAGAAACACAAGAAAAACCCAAAGAAACCUUUGCUCAGGUUAAUAUUGAUCAUACUUCUAGCAUAAUAUCAGAACAGGUUACAAUACUUGAAAGCAUUGCGCCUCAUGACACGAAAUCACAAAUUACACAACUUCCUCAACAAAAUAUUCAGAACAUCGAACUAGUUGUACCUAUUUCAAACGAAGAAAUCUCAAGCGAACAUGCCCACACACUUGAAACCCCACAUAAACACGAGCCACGGGUAGCGAAACAAGGCCUUCCACUAUUUAACACAAUUGAAGAAUCAAUUGUGUACGGAAAUGAAACCAACGAACCAUUUUAUACUUCUUCUCCCAAAGAACAACAACCCGUUGUUACUCAAGAAAAAAUCAGACCUGUUGCAAUUAGUGAAAGCGCUUUAACACUUGAAUCUGAGACUGCGGUACCAAAUGACACGGAAUUAAUCAUACAAAAAACUGCCUCACAUUCUGACCAAUCAGAUGCACAUAACGAAAAAGUCCUUAUUACAAUACCUAGUGUUCAAGUUGACACUAAAAAGAAAUUCGAAUGGAAGAUUCUUAAAAUAGAAAAAAGACACUUGCCCUUAAAAAACACAACAAGACACAAUUUACUGCACAAACACUUCCUAGAAGAUACACAAGAUACAACAGCCCACACACCAGAACACUCCACACAAGAACAAGACACAACAGCCAGGAAUAUUACGCUCAACAAAAGGAAACAAACAGAGAAACAUAUUGACCACCAAAUUCACGAACAGGAUGAAACGCCACAAAAUCUGAUGGUCAGCGAACUUCCUGAAGACAUCAAAAUUAUUGAAACAAUUUCGGAAUACGGAAAACCAAUUAAGAAGAGAAUACGCACGCGUACAAUCAAGAAAAUCAAAGGUAGCAAACAAGAACUCACCAAGAUUCAGACUGUUGAAGAAGAUGACAAACAGCCUGAAACAACAGUAACAGUUGAAGAAGCACCCCUUGACGAAAAACCUGACGAAGUCCAAGAACUUCCAGAGGAAGUCAGAGUUGUUGAGACUAUCUCCGAAGAAGGCAAGCCAACCAAGAAGCGAAUUCGUACACGUACCAUCAAAAAGGUCAAGGGAGGCAAGCAAGAAGUCACGAAGAUUGAAACGGUCGAAGAAGAUGACAAACAGCCUGAAACAACAGUUACAGUUGAAGAAGCACCUCUUGAUGAAAAACCAGACGAAGUCCAAGAACUUCCAGAGGAAGUCAGAGUUGUCGAGACUAUCUCCGAAGAAGGCAAGCCAACCAAGAAGCGAAUUCGUACACGAACCAUCAAAAAGGUCAAGGGAGGCAAGCAAGAAGUCACCAAGAUUGAGACUGUCGAAGAAGAUGACAAACAGCCUGAAACAACAGUCACAGUUGAAGAAGCACCUCUUGACGAAAUUCAAGAACUACCAGAGGAAGUCAGAGUUGUCGAGACUAUCUCCGAAGAAGGCAAGCCAACCAAGAAGCGAAUUCGUACACGAACCAUCAAAAAGGUCAAGGGAGGCAAGCAAGAAGUCACCAAGAUUGAGACUGUCGAAGAAGAUGACAAACAGCCUGAAACAACAGUCACAGUUGAAGAAGCACCUCUUGACGAAAUUCAAGAACUACCAGAGGAAGUCAGAGUUGUCGAGACUAUCUCCGAAGAAGGCAAGCCAACCAAGAAGCGAAUCCGUACACGUACCAUCAAAAAGGUCAAGGGAGGCAAGCAAGAAGUCACCAAGAUUGAAACGGUCGAAGAAGAUGACAAACAGCCUGAAACAACAGUCACAGUUGAAGAAGCACCUCUUGACGAAAUCCAAGAACUACCAGAGGAAAUCAGAGUUGUCGAGACUAUCUCCGAAGAAGGCAAGCCAACCAAGAAGCGAAUUCGUACACGAACCAUCAAAAAGGUUAAGGGAGGCAAGCAAGAAGUCACCAAGAUUGAAACGGUCGAAGAAGAUGACAAACAGCCUGAAACAACAGUCACAGUUGAAGAAGCACCUCUUGACGAAAAACCUGACGAAGUCCAAGAACUUCCAGAGGAAGUCAGAGUUGUCGAGACUAUCUCCGAAGAAGGCAAGCCAACCAAGAAGCGAAUUCGUACACGUACCAUCAAAAAGGUCAAGGGAAGCAAGCAAGAAGUCACCAAGAUUGAGACUGUCGAAGAAGAUAACAAACAGCCUGAAACAACAGUCACAGUUGAAGAAGCACCUCUUGACGAAAUCCAAGAACUUCCAGAGGAAGUCAGAGUUGUCGAGACUAUCUCCGAAGAAGGCAAGCCAACCAAGAAGCGAAUCCGUACACGUACCAUCAAAAAGGUCAAGGGAGGCAAGCAAGAAGUCACGAAGAUUGAAACGGUCGAAGAAGAUGACAAACAGCCUGAAACAACAGUUACAGUUGAAGAAGCACCUCUUGAUGAAAAACCAGACGAAGUCCAAGAACUUCCAGAGGAAGUCAGAGUUGUCGAGACUAUCUCCGAAGAAGGCAAGCCAACCAAGAAGCGAAUUCGUACACGAACCAUCAAAAAGGUCAAGGGAGGCAAGCAAGAAGUCACCAAGAUUGAGACUGUCGAAGAAGAUGACAAACAGCCUGAAACAACAGUCACAGUUGAAGAAGCACCUCUUGACGAAAACCCUGAAGAAGUCCAAGAACUUCCAGAGGAAGUCAGAGUUGUCGAGACUAUCUCUGAAGAAGGCAAGCCAACCAAGAAGCGAAUCCGUACACGUACCAUCAAAAAGGUCAAGGGAGGCAAGCAAGAAGUCACCAAGAUUGAGACUGUCGAAGAAGAUGACAAACAGCCUGAAACAACAGUCACAGUUGAAGAAGCACCUCUUGACGAAAAACCUGACGAAGUCCAAGAACUUCCAGAGGAAGUCAGAGUUGUCGAGACUAUCUCCGAAGACGGCAAGCCAACCAAGAAGCGAAUCCGUACACGUACCAUCAAAAAGGUCAAGGGAGGCAAGCAAGAAGUCACCAAGAUUCAGACUGUCGAAGAAGAUGACAAACAGCCUGAAACAACAGUCACAGUUGUAGAAGCACCUCUUGACGAAAAACCUGACGAAAUGCAAGAACUUCCAGAGGAAGUCACAGUCGUCGAGACUAUCUCCGAAGAAGGCAAGCCAACCAAGAAGCGAAUUCGUACACGUACCAUCAAAAAGGUCAAGGGAGGCAAGCAAGAAAUCACCAAGAUUGAGACUGUCGAAGAAGAUGACAAACAGCCUGAAACAACAGUCACAGUUGAAGAAGAACCUCUUGAUGAAAAACCAGACGAAGUCCAAGAACUUCCAGAGGAAGUCACAGUUGUCGAGACUAUCUCCGAAGAAGGCAAGCCAACCAAGAAGCGAAUUCGUACACGUACAAUCAAAAAGGUCAAGGGAGGCAAGCAAGAAGUCACCAAGAUUGAAACUGUCGAAGAAGAUAACAAACAGCCUAAAACAACAGUCACAGUUGAAGAAGCACCUCUUGACGAAAAACCUGACGAAGUCCAAGAACUUCCAGAGGAAGUCAGAGUUGUCGAGACUAUCUCCGAAGAAGGCAAGCCAACCAAGAAGCGAAUUCGUACACGUACCAUAAAAAAGGUCAAGGGAGGCAAGCAAGAAGUCACCAAGAUUGAAACGGUCGAAGAAGAUGACAAACAGCCUGAAACAACAGUCACAGUUGAAGAAGCACCUCUUGACGAAAUCCAAGAAAUACCAGAGGAAAUCAGAGUUGUCGAGACUAUCUCCGAAGAAGGCAAGCCAACCAAGAAGCGAAUUCGUACACGCACCAUCAAAAAGGUCAAGGGAGGCAAGCAAGAAGUCACCAAGAUUGAGACUGUCGAAGAAGAUGACAAACAGCCUGAAACAACAGUCACAGUUGAAGAAGCACCUCUUGACGAAAACCCUGAAGAAGUCCAAGAACUUCCAGAGGAAGUCAGAGUUGUCGAGACUAUCUCCGAAGAAGGCAAGCCAACCAAGAAGCGAAUUCGUACACGUACCAUCAAAAAGGUCAAGGGAGGCAAGCAAGAAGUCACCAAGAUUGAAACGGUCGAAGAAGAUGACAAACAGCCUGAAACAACAGUCACAGUUGAAGAAGCACCUCUUGACGAAAUCCAAGAACUUCCAGAGGAAGUCAGAGUUGUCGAGACUAUCUCCGAAGAAGGCAAGCCAACCAAGAAGCGAAUUCGUACACGUACCAUCAAAAAGGUCAAGGGAGGCAAGCAAGAAGUCACCAAGAUUGAAACGGUCGAAGAAGAUGACAAACAGCCUGAAACAACAGUCACAGUUGAAGAAGCACCUCUUGACGAAAUCCAAGAACUUCCAGAGGAAGUCAGAGUUGUCGAGACUAUCUCCGAAGAAGGCAAGCCAACCAAGAAGCGAAUUCGUACACGAACCAUCAAAAAGGUCAAGGGAGGCAAGCAAGAAGUCACCAAGAUUGAGACUGUCGAAGAAGAUGACAAACAGCCUGAAACAACAGUCACAGUUGAAGAAGCACCUCUUGACGAAAUUCAAGAACUACCAGAGGAAGUCAGAGUUGUCGAGACUAUCUCCGAAGAAGGCAAGCCAACCAAGAAGCGAAUCCGUACACGUACCAUUAAAAAGGUCAAGGGAGGCAAGCAAGAAGUCACCAAGAUUGAAACGGUCGAAGAAGAUGACAAACAGCCUGAAACAACAGUCACAGUUGAAGAAGCACCUCUUGACGAAAUCCAAGAACUACCAGAGGAAAUCAGAGUUGUCGAGACUAUCUCCGAAGAAGGCAAGCCAACCAAGAAGCGAAUCCGUACACGAACCAUCAAAAAGGUCAAGGGAGGCAAGCAAGAAGUCACCAAGAUUGAGACUGUCGAAGAAGAUGACAAACAGCCUGAAACAAUAGUUACAGUUGAAGAAGCACCUCUUGACGAAAUCCAAGAACUUCCAGAGGAAGUCAGAGUUGUCGAGACUAUCUCCAAAGAAGGCAAGCCAACCAAGAAGCGAAUUCGUACACGAACCAUCAAAAAGGUCAAGGGAGGCAAGCAAGAAGUCACCAAGAUUGAGACUGUCGAAGAAGAUGACAAACAGCCUGAAACAACAGUCACAGUUGAAGAAGCACCUCUUGACGAAAUUCAAGAACUACCAGAGGAAGUCAGAGUUGUCGAGACUAUCUCCGAAGAAGGCAAGCCAACCAAGAAGCGAAUCCGUACACGCACCAUUAAAAAGGUCAAGGGAGGCAAGCAAGAAGUCACCAAGAUUGAGACGGUCGAAGAAGAUGACAAACAGCCUGAAACAACAGUCACAGUUGAAGAAGCACCUCUUGACGAAAAACCUGACGAAGUCCAAGAGCUUCCAGAGGAAGUCAGAGUUGUCGAGACUAUCUCUGAAGAAGGCAAGCCAACCAAGAAACGAAUUCGUACCCGUACAAUCAAAAAGGUCAAGGGUGGCAAGCAAGAAGUCACCAAGAUUGAGACGGUCGAAGAAGAUGACAAACAGCCUGAAACAACAGUCACAGUUGAAGAAGCACCUCUUGACGAAAUCCAAGAACUCCCAGAGGAAGUCAGAGUUGUCGAGACUAUCUCCGAAGAAGGCAAGCCAACCAAGAAGCGAAUCCGUACACGUACCAUAAAAAAGGUCAAGGGAGGCAAGCAAGAAGUCACCAAGAUUCAGACUGUUGAAGAAGAUGACAAACAGCCUGAAACAACUGUCACAGUUAUAGAAGCACCUCUUGACGAAAAACCUGACGAAGUCCAAGAACUUCCAGAGGAAGUCAGAGUUGUCGAGACUAUCUUCGAAGAAGGCAAGCCAACCAAGAAGCGAAUUCGUACACGUACAAUCAAAAAGGUCAAGGGAGGCAAGCAAGAAGUCACCAAGAUUGAGACUGUCGAAGAAGAUGACAAACAGCCUGAAACAAUAGUCACAGUUGAAGAAGCACCUCUUGACGAAAUCCAAGAACUUCCAGAGGAAGUCAGAGUUGUCGAGACUAUCUCCGAAGAAGGCAAGCCAACCAAGAAGCGAAUUCGUACACGAACCAUCAAAAAGGUCAAGGGAGGCAAGCAAGAAGUCACCAAGAUUGAAACGGUCGAAGAAGAUGACAAACAGCCUGAAACAACAGUCACAGUUGAAGAAGCACCUCUUGACGAAAAACCUGACGAAGUCCAAGAACUUCCAGAGGAAGUAAGAGUUGUCGAGACUAUCUCCGAAGAAGGCAAGCCAACCAAGAAGCGAAUUCGUACACGUACCAUCAAAAAGGUCAAGGGAGGCAAGCAAGAAGUCACCAAGAUUGAAACGGUCGAAGAAGAUGACAAACAACCUGAAACAACAGUCACAGUUAAAGAAGCACCUCUUGACGAAAUCCAAGAACUUCCAGAGGAAGUCAGAGUUGUCGAGACUAUCUCCGAAGAAGGCAAGCCAACCAAGAAGCGAAUCCGUACACGUACCAUUAAAAAGGUCAAGGGAGGCAAGCAAGAAGUCACCAAGAUUGAAACGGUCGAAGAAGAUGACAAACAGCCUGAAACAACAGUCACAGUUGAAGAAGUACCUCUUGACGAAAUCCAAGAACUACCAGAGGAAAUCAGAGUUGUCGACACUAUCUCCGAAGAAGGCAAGCCAACCAAGAAGCGAAUCCGUACACGAACCAUUAAAAAGGUCAAGGGAGGCAAGCAAGAAGUCACCAAGAUUGAGACUGUCGAAGAAGAUGACAAACAGCCUGAAACAACAGUCACAGUUGAAGAAGCACCUCUUGACGAAAUCCAAGAACUUCCAGAGGAAGUCAGAGUUGUCGAGACUAUCUCCGAAGAAGGCAAGCCAACCAAGAAGCGAAUUCGUACACGAACCAUCAAAAAGGUCAAGGGAGGCAAGCAAGAAGUCACCAAGAUUGAAACGGUCGAAGAAGAUGACAAACAGCCUGAAACAACAGUCACAGUUGAAGAAGCACCUCUUGACGAAAAACCUGACGAAGUCCAAGAACUUCCAGAGGAAGUCAGAGUUGUCGAGACUAUCUCCGAAGAAGGCAAGCCAACCAAGAAGCGAAUUCGUACACGUACCAUCAAAAAGGUCAAGGGAGGCAAGCAAGAAGUCACCAAGAUUGAGACUGUCGAAGAAGAUGACAAACAGCCUGAAACAACAGUCACAGUUGAAGAAGCAAUUCUUGACGAAAUCCAAGAACUUCCAGAGGAAGUCAGAGUUGUCGACACUAUCUCCGAAGAAGGCAAGCCAACCAAGAAGCGAAUUCGUACACGAACCAUCAAAAAGGUCAAGGGAGGCAAGCAAGAAGUCACCAAGAUUGAAACGGUCGAAGAAGAUGACAAACAGCCUGAAACAACAGUCACAGUUGAAGAAGCACCUCUUGAAGAAAUCCAAGAACUACCAGAGGAAGUCAGAGUUGUCGAGACUAUCUCCGAAGAAGGCAAGCCAACCAAGAAGCGAAUCCGUACACGUACCAUUAAAAAGGUCAAGGGAGGCAAGCAAGAAGUCACCAAGAUUGAAACGGUCGAAGAAGAUGACAAACAGCCUGAAACAACAGUCACAGUUGAAGAAGCACCUCUUGACGAAAUCCAAGAACUCCCAGAGGAAGUCAGAGUUGUCGAGACUAUCUCCGAAGAAGGCAAGCCAACCAAGAAGCGAAUCCGUACACGAACCAUCAAAAAGGUCAAGGGAGGCAAGCAAGAAGUCACCAAGAUUGAGACUGUCGAAGAAGAUGACAAACAGCCUGAAACAGCAGUCACAGUUGAAGAAGCACCUCUUGACGAAAUCCAAGAACUUCCAGAGGAAGUCAGAGUUGUCGAGACUAUCUCCGAAGAAGGCAAGCCAACCAAGAAGCGAAUUCGUACACGAACCAUCAAAAAGGUCAAGGGAGGCAAGCAAGAAGUCACCAAGAUUGAAACGGUCGAAGAAGAUGACAAACAGCCUGAAACAACAGUCACAGUUGAAGAAGCACCUCUUGACGAAAAACCUGACGAAGUCCAAGAACUUCCAGAGGAAGUCAGAGUUGUCGAGACUAUCUCCGAAGAAGGCAAGCCAACCAAGAAGCGAAUUCGUACACGUACAAUCAAAAAGGUCAAGGGUGGCAAGCAGGAAGUCACCAAGAUUGAGACUGUCGAAGAAGAUGACAAACUUCCUGAAACAACAGUCACAGUUGAAGAAGCACCUCUUGACGAAAUCCAAGAACUUCCAGAGGAAGUCAGAGUUGUCGAGACUAUCUCCGAAGAAGGCAAGCCAACCAAGAAACGAAUUCGUACACGUACAAUCAAAAAGGUGAAGGGUGGCAAGCAGGAAGUCACCAAGAUUGAGACGGUCGAGGAAGAUGACAAACAGCCUGAAACAACAGUCACAGUUGAAGAAGCACCUCUUGACGAAAAACCUGACGAAGUCCAAGAGCUUCCAGAGGAAGUCAGAGUUGUUGAGACUAUCUCUGAAGAAGGCAAGCCAACCAAGAAACGAAUUCGUACACGUACAAUCAAAAAGGUCAAGGGUGGCAAGCAAGAAGUCACCAAGAUUGAGACGGUCGAAGAAGAUGACAAACAGCCUGAAACAACAGUCACAGUUGAAGAAGCACCUCUUGACGAAAACCCUGAAGAAGUCCAAGAACUUCCAGAGAAAGUCAGAGUUGUCGAGACUAUCUCCGAAGAAGGCAAGCCAACCAAGAAGCGAAUCCGUACACGUACCAUCAAAAAGGUCAAGGGAGGCAAGCAAGAAGUCACCAAGAUUGAGACUGUCGAAGAAGAUGACAAACAGCCUGAAACAACAGUCACAGUUGAAGAAGCACCUCUUGACGAAAAACCUGACGAAGUCCAAGAACUUCCAGAGGAAGUCAGAGUUGUCGAGACUAUCUCUGAAGAAGGCAAGCCAACUAAGAAGCGAAUCCGUACACGUACCAUCAAGAAGGUCAAGGGAGGCAAGCAAGAAGUCACCAAGAUUGAGACUGUCGAAGAAGAUGACAAACAGCCUGAAACAACAGUCACAGUUGAAGAAGCACCUCUUGACGAAAUCCAAGAACUUCCAGAGGAAGUCAGAGUUGUCGAGACUAUCUCUGAAGAAGGCAAGCCAACUAAGAAGCGAAUCCGUACACGUACCAUCAAAAAGGUCAAGGGUGGCAAGCAAGAAGUUACCAAGAUUGAGACGGUCGAAGAAGAUGACAAACAGCCUGAAACAACAGUCACAGUUGAAGAAGCACCUCUUGACGAAAAACCUGACGAAGUCGAAGAACUUCCAGAGGAAGUAAGAGUUGUGGAGACUAUCUCCGAAGAAGGCAAGCCAACCAAGAAGCGAAUUCGUACACGUACCAUCAAAAAGGUCAAGGGAGGUAAGCAAGAAGUCACCAAGAUUGAGACGGUCGAAGAAGAUGAAAACCAACCUGAAACAACUGUCACAGUUAAAGAAGCACCUCUUGAUGAAAAACCUGACGAAGUCCAAGAAUUUUCAGAGGAAGUCAGGGUUGUCGAGACUAUCUCCGAAGAAGGCAAGCCAACCAAGAAGCGAAUUCGUACACGUACAAUCAAAAAGGUCAAGGGUGGCAAGCAGGAAAUUACCAAGAUUGAGACUGUCGAAGAAGAUGACAAACAGCCUGAAACAACAGUCACAGUUGAAGAAGCACCUCUUGACGAAAUCCAAGAACUUCCAGAGGAAGUCAGACUUGUCGAGACUAUCUCCGAAGAAGGCAAGCCAACCAAGAAACGAAUUCGUACACGUACAAUCAAAAAGGUCAAGGGUGGAAAGCAAGAAGUCACCAAGAUUGAGACGAUCGAAGAAGAUGACAAACAGCCUGAAACAACAGUCACAGUUGAAGAAGCACCUCUUGACGAAAAACCUGACGAAGUCCAAGAACUUCCAGAGGAAGUCAGAGUUGUCGAGACUAUCUCUGAAGAAGGCAAGCCAACCAAGAAACGAAUUCGUACACGUACAAUCAAAAAGGUCAAGGGUGGCAAGCAGGAAGUCACCAAGAUUGAGACGGUCGAGGAAGAUGACAAACAGCCUGAAACAACAGUCACAGUUGAAGAAGCACCUCUUGAUGAAAAACCUGACGAAGUCCAAGAACUUCCAGAGGAAGUCAGAGUUGUCGAAUUUAUCUCCGAAGAAGGCAAGCCAACCAAGAAGCGAAUCCGUACACGUACCAUCAAAAAGGUCAAGGGAGGCAAGCAGGAAGUCACCAAGAUUGAGACGGUCGAAGAAGAUGACAAACAUCCUGAAACAAUAGUCACAGUUGAAGAAGCACCUCUUGAUGAGAAACCUGACAAAGUCCAAGAACUUCCAGAGGAAGUAAGAGUUGUCGAAUUUAUCUCCGAAGAAGGCAAGCCAACCAAGAAGCGAAUCCGUACACGUACCAUCAAAAAGGUCAAGGGUGGCAAGCAGGAAGUCACCAAGAUUGAGACGGUCGAGGAAGAUGACAAACAGCCUGAAACAACAGUCACAGUUGAAGAAGCACCUCUUGAUGAAAAACGUGACGAAGUCCAAGAACUUCCAGAGGAAGUCAGAGUUGUCGAAACUAUCUCCGAAGAAGGCAAGCCAACCAAGAAGCGAAUCCGUACACGUACCAUCAAAAAGGUCAAGGGAGGCAAGCAAGAAGUCACCAAGAUUGAGACGGUCGAAGAAGAUGACAAACAACCUGAAACAACAGUCACAGUUGAAGAAGCACCUCUUGACGAAAAACCUGACGAAGUCCAAGAACUUCCAGAGGAAGUCAGAGUUGUCGAGACUAUCUCCGAAGAAGGCAAGCCAACCAAGAAACGAAUUCGUACACGUACAAUCAAAAAGGUCAAGGGUGGCAAGCAGGAAGUCACCAAGAUUGAGACGGUCGCGGAAGAUGACAAACAUCCUGAAACAACAGUCACAGUUGAAGAAGCACCUCUUGAUGAGAAACCUGACAAAGUCCAAGAACUUCCAGAGGAAGUAAGAGUUGUCGAAUUUAUCUCCGAAGAAGGCAAGCCAACCAAGAAGCGAAUCCGUACACGUACCAUCAAAAAGGUCAAGGGAGGCAAGCAGGAAGUCACCAAGAUUGAGACGGUCGAAGAAGAUGACAAACAACCUGAAACAACAGUCACAGUUGAAGAAGCACCUCUUGACGAAAAACCUGACGAAGUCCAAGAACUUCCAGAGGAAGUCAGAGUUGUCGAGACUAUCUCCGAAGAAGGCAAGCCAACCAAGAAACGAAUUCGUACACGUACAAUCAAAAAGGUCAAGGGUGGCAAGCAGGAAGUCACCAAGAUUGAGACGGUCGAGGAAGAUGACAAACAUCCUGAAACAACAGUCACAGUUGAAGAAGCACCUCUUGAUGAGAAACCUGACAAAGUCCAAGAACUUCCAGAGGAAGUAAGAGUUGUCGAAUUUAUCUCCGAAGAAGGCAAGCCAACCAAGAAGCGAAUCCGUACACGUACCAUCAAAAAGGUCAAGGGUGGCAAGCAGGAAAUCACCAAGAUUGAGACGGUCGAGGAAGAUGACAAACAGGCUGAAACAACAGUCACAGUUGAAGAAGCACCUCUUGAUGAAAAACCUGACGAAGUCCAAGAACUUCCAGAGGAAGUCAAAAUUGUCGAGACUAUCUCCGAAGAAGGCAAGCCAACCAAGAAACGAAUUCGUACACGUACAAUCAAAAAGGUCAAGGGUGGAAAGCAAGAAGUCACCAAGAUUGAGACUGUCGAAGAAGAUGACAAACAGCCUGAAACAACAGUCACAGUUGAAGUAGCACCUCUUGACAAAAAGCCUGAUGAAAUGCAAGAACUUCCAGAGGAAGUCAGAGUUGUCGAGACUAUCUCCGAAGAAGGCAAGCCAACCAAGAAACGAAUCCGUACACGUACCAUCAAAAAGGUCAAGGGAGGCAAGCAAGAAGUCACCAAGAUUGAAACUGUCGAAGAAGAUGACAAACAACCUGAAACAACAGUCACAGUUGAAGAAGUACCUCUUGACGAAAAACCUAACGAAGUCCAAGAACUUCCAGAGGAAGUCAGAGUUGUCGAGACUAUCUCCGAAGAAGGCAAGCCAACCAAGAAGCGAAUCCGUACACGUACCAUCAAAAAGGUCAAGGGAGGCAAGCAAGAAGUCACCAAGAUUGAGACGGUCGAAGAAGAUGACAAACAGCCUGAAACAACAGUUACAGUUGAAGAAGCACCUCUUGACGAAAACCCUGAUGAAGUCCAAGAAUUUCCAGAAGAAGUUAGAGUUGUCGAGACUAUCUCGGAAGAAGGCAAGCCAACCAAGAAGCGAAUCCGUACACGUACUAUCAAAAAGGUCAAGGGAGGCAAGCAAGAAGUCACCAAGAUUGAGACGGUCGAAGAAGAUGACAAACAGCCUGAAACAACAGUUACAGUUGAAGAAGCACCUCUUGACGAAAAACCUGAUGAAGUCCAAGAACUUCCAGAAGAAGUCAGAGUUGUCGAGACUAUCUCCGAAGAAGGCAAGCCAACCAAGAAGCGAAUCCGUACACGUACCAUCAAAAAGGUCAAGGGAGGCAAGCAAGAAGUCACCAAGAUUGAGACGGUCGAAGAAGAUGACAAACAGCCUGAAACAACAGUUACAGUUGAAGAAGCACCUCUUGACGAAAAACCUGAUGAAGUCCAAGAACUUCCAGAAGAAGUCAGAGUUGUCGAGACUAUCUCCGAAGAAGGCAAGCCAACCAAGAAGCGAAUCCGUACACGUACCAUCAAAAAGGUCAAGGGAGGCAAGCAAGAAAUCACCAAGAUUGAGACGGUCGAAGAAGAUGACAAACAGCCUGAAACAACAGUUACAGUUGAAGAAGCACCUCUUGACGAAAUCCAAGAACUUCCAGAGGAAGUAAGAGUUGUCGAAACUAUCUCCGAAGAAGGCAAGCCAACCAAGAAGCGUAUCCGUACACGUACCAUCAAAAAGGUCAAGGGAGGCAAGCAAGAAGUCACCAAGAUUGAGACGGUCGAAGAAGAUGACAAACAACCUGAAACAACAGUCACAGUUGAAGAAGCACCUCUUGACGAAAAACCUGACGAAGUCCAAGAACUUCCAGAGGAAGUCAGAGUCGUCGAGACUAUUUCCGAAGAAGGCAAGCCAACCAAGAAACGAAUCCGUACACGUACAAUCAAAAAGGUCAAGGGUGGCAAGCAGGAAGUCACCAAGAUUGAGACAGUCGAGGAAGAUGGCAAACAGCCUGAAACAACAGUCACAGUUGAAGAAGAACCUCUUGAUGAAAAACCAGACGAAGUCCAAGAACUUCCAGAGGAAGUCAGAGUUGUCGAGACAAUCUCCGAAGAAGGCAAGCCAACCAAGAAACGAAUUCGUACACGUACAAUCAAAAAGGUCAAGGGUGGCAAGCAGGAAGUCACCAAGAUUGAGACGGUCGAGGAAGAUGACAAACAGCCUGAAACAACAGUCACAGUUGAAGAAGCACCUCUUGACGAAAUCCAAGAACUUCCAGAGGAAGUAAGAGUUGUCGAGACUAUCUCCGAAGAAGGCAAGCCAACCAAGAAGCGAAUCCGUACACGUACCAUCAAAAAGGUCAAGGGAGGCAAGCAAGAAGUCACCAAGAUUGAAACGGUCGAAGAAGAUGACAAACAGCCUGAAACAACAGUCACAGUUGAAGAAGCACCUCUUGACGAAAUCCAAGAACUUCCAGAGGAAGUCAGAGUUGUCGAGACUAUCUCCGAAGAAGGCAAGCCAACCAAGAAGCGAAUUCGUACACGAACCAUCAAAAAGGUCAAGGGAGGCAAGCAAGAAGUCACCAAGAUUGAAACGGUCGAAGAAGAUGACAAACAGCCUGAAACAACAGUCACAGUUGAAGAAGCACUCCUUGACGAAAAACCUGACGAAGUCCAAGAACUUCCAGAGGAAGUCAGAGUUGUCGAGACUAUCUCCGAAGAAGGCAAGCCAACCAAGAAGCGAAUUCGUACACGUACUAUCAAAAAGGUCAAGGGAGGCAAGCAAGAAGUCACCAAGAUUGAGACGGUCGAAGAAGAUGACAAACAGCCUGAAACAACAGUUACAGUUGAAGAAGCACCUCUUGACGAAAUCCAAGAACUUCCAGAGGAAGUCAGAGUUGUCGAAACUAUCUCCGAAGAAGGCAAGCCAACCAAGAAGCGAAUUCGUACACGUACUAUCAAAAAGGUCAAGGGAGGCAAGCAAGAAGUCACCAAGAUUGAGACGGUCGAAGAAGAUGACAAACAGCCUGAAACAACAGUUACAGUUGAAGAAGCACCUCUUGACGAAAUCCAAGAACUUCCAGAGGAAGUCAGAGUUGUCGAAACUAUCUCCGAAGAAGGCAAGCCAACCAAGAAGCGAAUCCGUACACGUACCAUCAAAAAGGUGAAGGGUGGCAAGCAAGAAGUCACCAAGAUUGAGACGGUCGAGGAAGAUGACAAACAGCCUGAAACAACAGCUACAGUUGAAGAAGCACCUCUUGACGAAAUCCAAGAACUUCCAGAGGAAGUCAGAGUUGUCGAAACUAUCUCCGAAGAAGGCAAGCCAACCAAGAAGCGAAUCCGUACACGUACCAUCAAAAAGGUCAAGGGAGGCAAGCAAGAAGUCACCAAGAUUGAGACGGUCGAGGAAGAUGACAAACAGCCUGAAACAAUAGUCACAGUUGAAGAAGCUCCUCUUGAUGAAAAACCAGACGAAGUCCAAGAACUUCCAGAGGAAGUCAGAGUUGUCGAGACUAUCUCCGAAGAAGGCAAGCCAACCAAGAAGCGAAUUCGUACACGUACCAUCAAAAAGGUCAAGGGAGGCAAGCAAGAAGUCACCAAGAUUGAGACGGUCGAAGAAGAUGACAAACAGUCUGAAACAACAGUUACAGUUGAAGAAGCACCUCUUGACGAAAUCCAAGAACUUCCAGAGGAAGUCAGAGUUGUCGAAACUAUCUCCGAAGAAGGCAAGCCAACCAAGAAGCGAAUUCGUACACGUACUAUCAAAAAGGUCAAGGGAGGCAAGCAAGAAGUCACCAAGAUUGAGACGGUCGAAGAAGAUGACAAACAGCCUGAAACAACAGUUACAGUUGAAGAAGCACCUCUUGACGAAAUCCAAGAGCUUCCAGAGGAAGUCAGAGUUGUCGAAACUAUCUCCAAAGAAGGCAAGCCAACCAAGAAGCGAAUCCGUACACGUACCAUCAAAAAGGUCAUGGGAGGCAAGCAAGAAGUCACCAAGAUUGAGACGGUCGAAGAAGAUGACAAACAACCUGAAACAACAGUCACAGUUGAAGAAGCACCUCUUGACGAAAAACCUGACGAAGUCCAAGAACUUCCAGAGGAAGUCAGAGUCGUCGAGACUAUUUCCGAAGAAGGCAAGCCAACCAAGAAACGAAUUCGUACACGUACCAUCAAAAAGAUCAAGGGAGGCAAGCAGGAAGUCACCAAGAUUGAGACGGUCGAAGAAGAUGACAAACAGCCUCAAACAACAGUCACAGUUGAAGAAGCACCUCUUGAUGAAAAACCUGACGAAGUCCAAGAACUUCCAGAGGAAGUAAGAGUUGUCGAGACUAUCUCCGAAGAAGGCAAGCCAACCAAGAAGCGAAUCCGUACACGUACCAUCAAAAAGGUCAAGGGAGGCAAGCAAGAAGUCACCAAGAUUGAGACGGUCGAGGAAGAUGACAAACAACCUGAAACAACAGUCACAGUUGAAGAAGCACCUCUUGACGAAAAACCUGACGAAGUCCAAGAACUUCCAGAGGAAGUCAGAGUUGUCGAAACUAUUUCCGAAGAAGGCAAGCCAACCAAGAAACGAAUUCGUACACGUACAAUCAAAAAGGUCAAGGGUGGCAAGCAGGAAGUCACCAAGAUUGAGACGGUCGAGGAAGAUGACAAACAGCCUGAAACAACAGUUACAGUUGAAGAAGCACCUCUUGAUGAAAAGCCAGACGAAGUCCAAGAACUCCCAGAGGAAGUCACAGUCGUCGAGACUAUCUCCGAAGAAGGCAAGCCAACCAAGAAGCGAAUUCGUACACGUACAAUCAAAAAGGUCAAGGGAGGCAAGCAAGAAGUCACCAAGAUUGAGACUGUCGAAGAAGAUGACAAACAGCCUGAAACAACAGUCACAGUUGAAGAAGCACCUCUUGAUGAAAAACCUGACGAAUUCCAAGAACUUCCAGAGGAAGUCAGAGUUGUCGAGACUAUCUCCGAAGAAGGCAAGCCAACCAAGAAGCGAAUUCGUACACGUACCAUCAAAAAGGUCAAGGGAGGUAAGCAAGAAGUCACCAAGAUUGAGACGGUCGAAGAAGAUGACAAACAGCCUGAAACAACAGUCACAGUUGAAGAAGCACCUCUUGACGAGAAACCUGACGAAGUCCAAGAACUUCCAGAAGAAGUCAGAGUUGUCGAGACUAUCUCCGAAGAAGGCAAGCCAACCAAGAAGCGAAUCCGUACACGUACCAUCAAAAAGGUCAAGGGAGACAAGCAAGAAGUCACCAAGAUUGAGACGGUCGAAGAAGAUGACAAACAGCCUGAAACAACAGUCACAGUUGAAGAAGCACCUCUUGACGAAAAACCUGACGAAGUCCAAGAACUUCCAGAGGAAGUCAGAGUUGUCGAAACUAUUUCCGAAGAAGGCAAGCCAACCAAGAAACGAAUUCGUACACGUACCAUCAAAAAGAUCAAGGGAGGCAAGCAGGAAGUCACCAAGAUUGAGACGGUCGAAGAAGAUGACAAACAGCCUCAAACAACAGUCACAGUUGAAGAAGCACCUCUUGAUGAAAAACCUGACGAAGUCCACGAACUUCCAGAGGAAGUCAGAGUUGUCGAGACUAUCUCCGAAGAAGGCAAGCCAACCAAGAAGCGAAUUCGUACACGUACCAUCAAAAAGGUCAAGGGAGGUAAGCAAGAAGUCACCAAGAUUGAGACGGUCGAAGAAGAUGACAAACAGCCUGAAACAACAGUCACAGUUGAAGAAGCACCUCUUGACGAGAAACCUGACGAAGUCCAAGAACUUCCAGAAGAAGUCAGAGUUGUCGAGACUAUCUCCGAAGAAGGCAAGCCAACCAAGAAGCGAAUCCGUACACGUACCAUCAAAAAGGUCAAGGGAGGCAAGCAAGAAGUCACCAAGAUUGAGACGGUCGAAGAAGAUGACAAACAGCCUGAAACAACAGUCACAGUUAAAGAAGCACCUCUUGACGAAAAACCUGACGAAGUCCAAGAACUUCCAGAGGAAGUCAGAGUUGUCGAAACUAUUUCCGAAGAAGGCAAGCCAACCAAGAAACGAAUUCGUACACGUACAAUCAAAAAGGUCAAGGGUGGCAAGCAGGAAGUCACCAAGAUUGAGACGGUCGAGGAAGAUGACAAACAGCCUGAAACAACAGUUACAGUUGAAGAAACACCUCUUGAUGAAAAGCCAGACGAAGUCCAAGAACUCCCAGAGGAAGUCACAGUCGUCGAGACUAUCUCCGAAGAAGGCAAGCCAACCAAGAAGCGAAUUCGUACACGUACCAUCAAAAAGGUCAAGGGAGGUAAGCAAGAAGUCACCAAGAUUGAGACGGUCGAAGAAGAUGACAAACAGCCUGAAACAACAGUCACAGUUGAAGAAGCACCUCUUGACGAGAAACCUGACGAAGUCCAAGAACUUCCAGAAGAAGUCAGAGUUGUCGAGACUAUCUCCGAAGAAGGCAAGCCAACCAAGAAGCGAAUCCGUACACGUACCAUCAAAAAGGUCAAGGGAGGCAAGCAAGAAGUCACCAAGAUUGAGACGGUCGAAGAAGAUGACAAACAGCCUGAAACAACAGUCACAGUUAAAGAAGCACCUCUUGACGAAAAACCUGACGAAGUCCAAGAACUUCCAGAGGAAGUCAGAGUUGUCGAAACUAUUUCCGAAGAAGGCAAGCCAACCAAGAAACGAAUUCGUACACGUACAAUCAAAAAGGUCAAGGGUGGCAAGCAGGAAGUCACCAAGAUUGAGACGGUCGAGGAAGAUGACAAACAGCCUGAAACAACAGUCACAGUUGAAGAAGCACCUCUUGACGAGAAACCUGACGAAGUCCAAGAACUUCCAGAAGAAGUCAGAGUUGUCGAGACUAUCUCCGAAGAAGGCAAGCCAACCAAGAAGCGAAUUCGUACACGUACAAUCAAAAAGGUCAAGGGAGGCAAGCAAGAAGUCACCAAGAUUGAGACUGUCGAAGAAGAAGGCAAACAGGCUGAAACAACAGUCACAGUUGAAGAAGCACCUCUUGAUGAAAAACCUGACGAAGUCCAAGAACUUCCAGAGGAAGUCAGAGUUGUCGAGACUAUCUCCGAAGAAGGCAAGCCAACCAAGAAGCGAAUCCGUACACGUACCAUCAAAAAGUUGAAGGGUGGCAAGCAAGAAGUCACCAAGAUUGAGACGGUCGAGGAAGAUGACAAACAGCCUGAAACAACAGUCACAGUUGAAGAAGCACCUCUUGAUGAAAAACCUGACGAAGUCCAAGAACUUCCAGAGGAAGUCAGAGUUGUCGAGACUAUCUCCGAAGAAGGCAAGCCAACCAAGAAGCGAAUUCGUACACGUACCAUCAAAAAGGUCAAGGGAGGCAAGCAAGAAGUCACCAAGAUUGAGACGGUCGAAGAAGAUGACAAACAGCCUGAAACAACAGUCACAGUUGAAGAAGCACCUCUUGACGAAAAACCUGACGAAGUCCAAGAACUUCCAGAGGAAGUCAGAGUUGUCGAGACUAUCUCCGAAGAAGGCAAGCCAAUCAAAAAGCGAAUUCGUACACGUACUAUCAAAAAGGUCAAGGGAGGCAAGCAAGAAGUCACCAAGAUUGAGACGGUCGAGGAAGAUGACAAACAGCCUGAAACAACAGUUACAGUGGAAGAAGCACCUCUUGAUGAAAAACCGGACGAAGUCCAAGAACUUCCAGAAGAAGUAAGAGUUGUCGAGACUAUCUCCCAAGAAGGCAAGCCAAUCAAAAAGCGAAUUCGUACACGUACCAUCAAAAAGGUCAAGGGUGGCAAGCAGGAAGUCACCAAGAUUGAGACGGUCGAGGAAGAUGACAAACAGCCUGAAACAACAGUCACAGUUGAAGAAGCACCUCUUGACGAAAAACCUGACGAAGUCCAAGAACUUCCAGAGGAAGUCAGGGUUGUCGAAUUUAUCUCCGAAGAAGGCAAGCCAACCAAGAAGCGAAUCCGUACACGUACCAUCAAAAAGGUCAAGGGAGGCAAGCAAGAAGUCACCAAGAUUGAGACGGUCGAAGAAGAUGACAAACAGCCUGAAACAACAGUCACAGUUGAAGAAGCACCUCUUGACGAAAAACCUGACGAAGUCCAAGAACUUCCAGAGGAAGUCACAGUUGUCGAGACUAUCUCCGAAGAAGGCAAGCCAACCAAGAAGCGAAUUCGUACACGUACAAUCAAAAAGGUCAAGGGAGGCAAGCAAGAAGUCACCAAGAUUGAAACUGUCGAAGAAGAUGACAAACUUCCUGAAACAACAGUUACGGUUCAAGAAGUACCUCUGGACGAAAAACUUGACGAAGAGGAAUUUUUGGUCACUCAAGGAGAUAAACCGAAAGAUCUUCAAAAAGAAAAUAUUACUCAAGAAAGAUUAAAAAAGAGAAUUCGUUUGCGUAAACCUGCUGAUGAUGUGUUGGUUCAAGAGCUUCCGGAAAGAAAAUCAUUUAUUUUUUCAAAAACUGAUGAUGGUGUUCCUACAAAAACUGUUAUUAAAACUAAAAUUAUCAAAAAGACUGCUGGUGAUAAGCAGGAGAUUACCAAGAUACAAACUGUUGAAGAAUUUGAAAAAAUUCCUGUUACAACUGUUACUGUGGAAGAAUUCAUGAAACCGUUCCCAGAAAUUCCAGAUAAAACUGAAACUCCUGUAGUGGAAUUACCCCAGGAAGAAUCUACAGUUGUUGUUGUUGAUGACCAUACUGGUCUGGAGAAAAAAAUUACCACCAAAAAACGUAUCAUAAAGAAACCAAAAGGUGAACAAGUUGAGCAAACUGAAAUAAAAACUGUUGAAGAAGAAGGCUUUGAACCUGAAUUUUUUGUAACAAUAACUGAAGAACUUAAGUCGGACGAAACCGUUUCGCAACCAGAUGUUAUAGAAUCAUUUGAAUUGCCUGAAGAAGUGACAAUAAUUGAGGGAAAAACACCAGAAGGAAAACCGAAAAAGACAACAAUUAAAACAAGGUCUAUUAAAAAACGUGUUGGAGAAAUCGACGAAAUAACCAAAAUUCAAUUUGUCGAAGAAGAUAACAAAGAAAUUCCAUACACUUCAGUGCACAUUGAAGAAGUUCACCCGGAAGAUGAAAUUCUUAACAUACCUGUAACUAUUGAAGAACUUCCUGAAGAAAUAGCCAUAUCUGAAAUAACUACCGACAAUGACAAAAAACCAAAAAAGAAAACUGUUAAAACGCGCACCUUUAAAAAGGAUCAAUCGCCGCAGCUGCCAGAGGUCUAUCAAAUUCAAACCAUCGAAGAAGAAGGCAAAGAACCUAUUUCACUUGUUCGUGUUGUAAGUGAUGACACUAUUGCUGAUAUAAUCGAUAUUCGUUUAUUGGACGACGAUAAAACACAAAAACCGAAAACACCCAAACACUUAAAACACAAAACACAACUUAAAGAUGAAGAAACUCCUAAAUCCGAAGACACUGAAAAGCCAGUUUACAUUACAACAUUCAAAUCAGUGCAAGGUGAAGACGGCCAACCAAUUAUCCAAACAGAAAACAAAAAACUCACCACAGAAGAAGGCUUCACUGUUGAGGAAGUACUUAGUGAUACUGAGUAUGUUGCCGAAGCUCAAAAGACAAAUGUCGAAAUAGUUGAGGUCAACGAUGUAAAUGAAGAGGACACCAGAGAUUACACUAUUACAGAACCAGAUGACGGUACCGAAGACACAAAACACACACCAGAUACAAUCAAAAAACAAAAACCCAAAAAGAAGAAACCUAAAUUCGAUCAAAUCGAAGAAGCUCCGGAAGAAGUUUUUGUAGAGUUUCUUCCAGAGGAGGUUCGUGAAAUUCAAGAACCAACUGAAGAGGGUGGAGUUAAGACCAAAACAGUCAAAAAGCGUAAGAUUAAGAAGACUGUUGGUGAUCAAGAGCAGAUAAUUGAAGUGGUUACGACUAAAGAAGAAGGUAAAGAAGAAGAAAGCACUGUCGUGCUUCUUGAUGAAGGUGAAGAACCGAUUCGAGAGGAAGAUGAACAACCAGAGGAGGUUUCAGUGGUUGAAGAGCAACCAAAAUUGGAUGAAAAACCAAAGAAGAAAAAGAAAAAGCCUGUUAAAAAGGUUAAAAGGAAUGAACUUGACGAUUACAUUCAAAUGUUGAUUGAACAGGAAAUUCCAAAAACAGUGCUUCAAAAGUAUGAACGGGUUGAGCUUCAAAUGCCUGAAAGAGGACGCCGUGGCUCAAGUUAUAAACCACAAAAGGUUGAAAGGGCUGAAUUAGAAGAAAGUGAUGUUCCUUUCCAUAAGAUCGAAAUUGUUGAAACUGAACCAGAAGUCGUUGAACGUGAAGUAGUUGAUGAAGAAGGCACAGUGAAGAAGGAAGUUGUCAAAAAACGAAAGAUUCUCCGUCAAAAGAGUGAUAAGCCAGAAGAAAAGCAGGAAGACAUUAUUGAGAUUAUUGAAACUCUUGUCGAUGGACAACCUGAGUUUGAAGUUUCUGUCAUAAUGUUUGAAGCUCCGGAGACAACUGACGUUGUUAUGGAACCUUUGAAGAAAAAGAAGACUAAAAAGGUCAAGAAGGAUGAUUUAGAUGCAUACAUACAAUUCCUUAUUGAACAGGAGAUUCCAAAAACUGAGCUUGAACUAUACGAAAAAAUCGAAUUGAGUAAGCCAAAGAAAGCUAAGAAAUCUAAGUCUAAGCCAGAGCAAGCAAAGGAAGAAGAUUAUGAUUUGUUGGAUGUUAAGGUGACCGAAGAAGGUGUAGUCGAAAAACCUAAACAAAAGAAGAAGAAACCAAAGCAACACGUUCAAGAGGAAGAUGUUUAUGAAAAACUUCCAGAGGAAACUCCAGAAGGGUACACUUUUUCAGUAACAGAAACAGGACGUCCUGAAGAAGAAACUAUACCAGAAGAAACUGAAAAACGAAAACCGAAAACAAAAUUGAAGCAGAAGAUAAUUGAGGAAGCUCCAGUAACUGUAGAAGAAGUUUCAAAGGAUGUGCAAGUUGUUGUUAAAGAUGACGGGCAAGGAAUAAUUGAAAAACAAACAAUUACCAAGAGGAAAAUAAAGAAGAAGAAGGGCUUUAAGGAAUACACAGUGGAAGUUAUAGAAACGCAAGUUGAGGGACAACCUGAAUCGGAAAUAACAAUCAUCGAAUCUGAAGACCUACAACCUGAAGGAGAUGUUCCUUCAGAAGUCAAAGCUCCUAGAAAGAAAAAGACCAUAAAGAAAGUAAAGAAAGAGGAAAUUGAUCAAUAUAUUAUCUCUGUGAUUGAGGAGCAAGGUGUAAAACCGAUUGUUUUUUCAGAAGAAGAAAGAGAAGCUCCAAUACAAGACACCAAGGAAGCUCCUGAUGAACAACCUGAAGUUGAGAAAACUUCAACUAAAGAAAAUGUUAAAGAAAACAUUCCCACGCCUGCUCCUGAGACCUGGGAAGAAGAAACUGAGAAAUCAAUGCAAAAGAAAAAGAUAAAGAAGCCGAAGAAAGUCAAGAUUAUAGAAGAUGAGGAUAAGGACGAAAAAGAAACAUUGGUCAAAGAAAUUCCGGAGGAUGUUUUGGAAGAAAAUCCUGAAGAAAUUGAAACUAUUGAAGAGUUCCCAAUAAAGAUUUCGGAAGAAGAGCCAAAGAAACAAAAGAAACCUAAAAAAGUGAAGGUCCAAGAAUAUGAAGUUGAUGAGGAGGAAUAUAAAAUAAGAAUUGAAGAAUUAGCUCCAGAAGUUGAAGUUAAAGAAGAACAAACUGAAGAAGGAGAAACCAAGCAACGAACAACUAAGAAGCGUAAGAUUAAAAAGCAAGAAGGUGAUAAGGAAUAUCUCAUUGAAAUAAUUGAAACACAAUUGGAAGGUCAACCUGAAGCCGAUGUUACUAUGACAACAACGGAGGUUCAGCCAGAAGAAAAACAAGAAAAUCAGCAAGAACCUGUUCCAGUUAAGGUUGUGGAGAAAGUAAGGAAGAAGAAAGUAAAGAAGGAUGAACUCCAAGAAUAUAUUCAAAAAUUAAUAGAACAGGAAAUACCUAAGACAGAGCUUGAGAAAUACGAAAAGAUUGACGUCGAUGGAAAGCCUAAAAAGGCAAAAAUAUCAAAACCGAAGAAAGAAGUCCUUAAAGAAGAACUUGAUGAUUUAUUGGAUGUUUCGAUAGUUGAAGAAGAAGCUCCAGAAAAACCACAAGAAAAGAAAAAGAAGAAGAAAACAGUUCUUGAAAAGGUUGAAUUAACCGAAGAAGUGCCAGAAGAUUUUCCAGACGAUUUCUCAUUUUCUGUAAAAGAAACAGAACCUACGGAAAAGGAAACUGUCAUUGAAGAAGAAAUUCCCAAGCAAAAACCUAAAAAGAAGGUGAAAUCUGUAGCUGUUGAGGAAAUUCCAGUCACGGUUGAAGAAGUUUCAAAAGAUAUUGAAAUAAUUACAAAAGAAAAUACCGAAGGAAAACUUGAAGAAAAAAUAAUUACCAAGCGUAAAAUUAAAAAGAAGAAGGGUCCAAAAGAAUACACGGUAGAAAUAAUUGAAACCCAAAUUGAGGGACAGCCUGAGUCUGAAAUAGUCAUUAUAGAAUCCGAAGUUAAGCAACCUGAACAGGAAACUACCUUAGUGGAGGAAGUUCCGAAAAAGAAAAAGACAGUUAAGAAAGUUAAAAAGGAACAAAUUGAGCAAUAUAUUAUUUCAGUUGUUGAAGAACAAGGCCUUAAACCAGUAACAUUUGAUGAUGAUCAACCUACAGAGCUUGAAGAAAUUGAACAAUAUACUGAGGAGCAGCCAGAUUUUGAUAUCAAAACAACCGAAGAAAGUAUUGAUGAAGUCACUCAAGCUGUUGAAGUUGCAGAAGUAUUACCUGAAAAAGAUAUUCUUCAAACUGAAAAGAAGAAAUCUAAAAAGCCUAAAAAGGUUAAGGUUAUUGAAUCAGAGGGUGAAAAAGAAUCUGAAAAACCAGAUGAAGAAAUUCUGGAAGAUAUAAUUGGUGAAAAACCAGAUGACAUAAAGUCUAUUGAUACUUUUACUAUUAAAACAACUGAGGAAGAAGAGCUUGCAAAACCAAAGAAAACUAAAAAACCUAAGGUUAAAGAGUCUGAAGUGAUUGAAGAAGAAUUCCAAAUUCAAGUUGUAGAAAUGGCCCCAGAAAUCGAAGUGAAGGAAAUUUCCGACGAAACUGGUGAAAAGAAACAACGAAUCACGAAAAAGCGAAAGAUAAGAAAGCAAGAGGGUGAUAAGGAAUAUCUUAUUGAAAUUGUUGAGACUCAAGUAGAAGGUCAGCCUGAAGCGGAUGUUACCAUGACAACAACUGAACUUACUGUUCCCGAAGAAGAAAGUCCCGAGGAACCAAAAGUCAUUAAAGUAACUGAAAAGAUCAAAAAGAAGAAGGUUAAAAAGGAUGAUCUUCAGGAAUAUAUUCAAAAACUAAUCGAACAAGAAAUUCCAAAAACCGAUCUUGAAAAAUACGAAAAAGUUGAUAUCGAUGAAAAGCCUAAAAAGGCAAAGAAGUCAAAACCAAAGAAGGACACACAAGAAGAACAAAUGGACGAUCUAUUGGAUGUUUCCAUUUUGGAAGAAGAAGCUCCAGAAAAACCACAAGAAAAGAAAAAGAAAAAGAAGCCUAUGGAAAAGGUAGAAAUAACUGAAGAACUUCCAAUGGAACAACCAGAAGAUUUAGCAAUUACAAUUAUAGAAUCAGAUCAAGUCACCGAUGAGAAAAUAACUGAAGAAACUCAAAAAGACAAACCUAAAAAGAAAUUGAAGCCUAAAAAGAUUGAAGAAGUUCCAGUCACAGUUGAAGAGAUUUCUAAGGUCGUCAAGGUUGUUGUCAAAGAAGAUAAUGAAGGCAAAGUUGAAGAACAUGUUGUCACUACACGCAAAAUUAAAAAGAAGAAGGGCCCCAAGGAGUAUACCAUUGAAAUAAUUGAAUCUCAAGUAGAGGGACAACCUGAAUCUGAAAUCACAAUUAUCGAAUCCCAAGAUCAGCAAAUAGAAGAAACUAAAACUACUGGUGAAGAAGCACCCAAAAAGAAAAAGACUACAAAGAAAAUAAAGAAGGAACAAGUAGAACAGUAUAUAAUCAAUGUUAUUGAAGAAGAUGUGCCCGAAAGAGACGUUCCAGAAGAAUCCAAAACAAGCCCUGAUGAAGUUAUUGAAGAAUUGCCUAUAGAUCAACAACAAAUUUUCGAAAUAACGACUCUGGUAGAACAAGUUUUUGAUGUUGAAGAAAAUGAAAAAUUACCUUUGGAAAAGGAAGUCGAAGACAAACCCUCUGAAAAGAAGAAGUCUAAAAAGCCAAAGAAAGUUAAGAUCAUAGAAUCUGAGUUAGAUGAAGAACCAACAUCUUUUGUCGAAGAAAUUAAUGACAUAGUUGAUGAAGAACUCGAUCAAGAAAAACAACCAGAAGGUUUGAUUAUCGCAAUUUCUGAAGAAGAGCCUAAGAAACUAAAAAAACCAAAGAAAUCUAAGCCACAAGAUGAAGAAACUGUUAUUGAAGAGUAUCAAAUUCGGGUUCAAGAGCUGGAACCAGUGGUUGAAGUGAAAGAAGUAACCAAUGAAAUAGGUGAAACAAAACAACAGACCAUUAAAAAGCGAAAGAUCAAAAAACAAGAAGGUGAUAAGGAAUACAUUAUUGAGAUUAUAGAAACACAAGAGGAAGGAAAGCCUGAGACUGAUGUAACAAUGACAACAACAGAAAUAACCCCAGUGGAAGAACUUGGAGCACCUGAAGAAGAAAAGGUUAAAGUUGUUGAGAAAGUCAAAAAGAAGAAGGUUAAGAAGGAUGAUUUGAAUGAUUACAUUCAAAGUUUGAUUGAAAUGGAAAUUCCAAAAACCAAGCUCGAAAAGUAUGAAAAGAUAGAUAUCGACACCAAACCCAAAAAAGCAAAGAAAUCCAAACCAAAAAUGCAAGAAGAAAACUACGAGCUACCUGAAGCCUUAGAUGUCACCGUUACUGAACAGGAAGCUCCUGAGAAACCCAAAGAAAAGAAAAAGAAGAAAAAACCAGUUGCUGAAGAAGUAACACUUUCUGAAGAGGUACCUGCGGAGAGCUUUGAAGAAUUCUCUAUCAAGACAACUGUAUCAGAGCCAUCUGUAGAAACACAACUGUCUGAAGAAAAACUUGAGGAAACUCCUCAUGAAGAAGUAUCAGUUGAAGUAAUUGAAGAGCUUCCAGUCACAGUUGAAGAAAUUUCUAAGGAUGUCGAGGUUGUAGUUAAAGAAAACGAAGAAGGUGAAUCACAACAACAAACCAUUACAAAACGAAAGAUCAAAAAGAAGAAGGGACACAAGGAAUACACAAUCGAAGUUAUUGAAACCCAAGUGGAAGGACAACCUGAAUCAGAAAUCACUAUUAUUGAAUCUGAAGAACAUAAGCCUGAAGAAAUAGUAGAUGAAAUUCAAGAAAUUCCUAAAAAGAAAAAGAGUUCCAAAAAAGUGAAAAAGGAACAAAUCGAACAAUAUAUUAUAUCUGUAAUCGAAGAGCAGCCAAUUAAACCAAUUACUCAAGAGGAUAAAGUGGAGAUAAUUGAGAAAGAAAUUGAUGAUGUUCCAGAAGAGCAACAAGAAUUUAAGACAACUGUGGUUGAAGAAAUUGUCGAACAAAUCAAUGAAGAAGAAUCUGUUCCCCAAGUUACCGAAGAAGAGGAAAAGCCUUCCGAAGUAAAAAAGACAAAGAAGACGAAAAAGGUUAAGGUUAUCGAAACAGAAGCCAAGGAACAACCAUUAGAAGAUGCACAAGUUCACGUAAAGGAAACUGUUGAAGAGACACCAACAAUAAUAGAGUCUGUCGAAGAAUACCCAAUUAAGGUUACCGAAGAGGAACCUACAAAGCCUAAGAAACCCAAAAAACCCAAGCAAGUGGAAGAAGUAGAAAUUGUUGAAGACUAUAAGAUUCGUAUUACCGAGAUGGCACCUGAAAUUGAAAUCAAGGAAGUAAUUGAUGAAGAGGGUGAAACUAAGAAACAAAUUAUAAAGAAACGUAAGAUCAAGAAGCAGGAAGGUCCAAAGGAGUAUGUUAUCGAAAUUGUGGAAACUCAAGAAGAAGGUAAGCCCGAAGCCGAUGUUACUAUGUCAACUACUGAAAUUACUCCAGCUGAAGAAGAAAAGUCACCAGAGGAAUCUGCGAAAAUUAAGGUCAUUGAAAAGCCAAAGAAGAAAAAAGUUAAAAAGGAUGAUUUACAUGAUUAUAUUCAGCAGCUAAUUGAACAGGAAAUUCCAAAGACUGAACUUGAAAAAUACGAAAAAGUUGAAAUUGAUGAAGAACCUAAAAAAGUCAAGAAAAUAAAGAAAAAGCCAAUCGUAAAAGAAGAAAUCAUCGAUGGACUUCCAGUCAAAGUAACCGAGUAUGAAGUAGAACAGGAAGAAGAAAAAGAAGUUGCAGAGCUUUCUGUUACAAUUCAAGAAACGAUUGAAGAACAGAAGCCAGAGGAGCCUCAGCAGUUCGUUUUCUCGAUGACAGAAGAACAGGUUGAGCCAACAGUAUUUGAAGAAGAACCUGUAAGUGUGGUCGAAUUAGAUGAAUCAAAACCAAAGAAAAAGACCAAGAAAGUAAAGUCAGCUGAACUGGAACAAAAGCCUGAACAAAUAACAGAAUAUCCAGUCGAAGUAACCACAGAAGAGGCUACACAACCUGUAAUAGAAGAAAUUGAAGAAACAUCUAUACCAAAGAGGAAAACUAAAAAACCAAAGAAACCUGAAUCUGCUGAAAUUACUGUUACGGAAUCUGAGGCACCAAUCGAAGAUCAACAGCAAUUCGAAGUUGUUGUUAUUGAUGAACAAACUAAUGUUGUCAAAGUUGAGGAUGACGCUGGAGUUAUCAAGGAGACAACGGUUACAAAGCGCAAAAUCAAAAAGAAACAGGGUCCAAAAGAAGAAAUAUUUGAAAUCUCUGAGACUACAGAGGAAGGACAGCCAAUGGCUGAGGUAUCAGUUGUGCUUUUAGAACCAGAAGAGUCCACACCACAGGAAGGGGAAGUUAUUUUGAAACCAAAAAAGAAGACUAAAACGGUCAAAAAGGAAGACAUUGAAGAGUUUAUAAUGUCAGUAGUUGAAACAAUUCCUGAAGACAAAGUAGAAGUAGAAGAAGAAAAACCCCUGGAGAAGCCAUUGAAACCAAAGAAAUCAAAGGUUAAGGUGAUAGAAACUACUGUUGACAAAAAAGAAGAACAACCUGAAGAAUUCCAAGUAGAAGAAAUUCUGGAAGAAAGUCAGCCAGAGAUAAUUCACGAAGAAGAAGACUUCUCAAUAAAGGUUAUUUCUGAAACACCAGAAGAAAUUACAGACAAAUUGAAAAAAGUCAAAAAACAAAAGAAACCCAAACAACCCAAGGAAGAAGAAGAAACAUUUGAAGAUUAUAAGGUUAAAGUUAAAUCAAUUGAGGAACUUCCAAUCGAUGAAGUCACUCAGGUUAUUGAAGAACCUCUAGAAGAAGAGGAAAUUCCUAAAUCUAUUGAACAAUUUGAGGAGUACAAAAUCAAGAUUGAAGAAAUAGAAGCUACUCAGGAGAUCAAGCAAAUUGUAGAUGAAGAUGGAAAAACAAAGAAACAAACAAUUUCAAAGAAAAAGAUUAAGAAACAGAUGGGCCCUAAGGAAGAAAUCAUAGAAAUCAUUGAGGUUCAAGAUGAGGGUGUACCUUCAGCAGAAAUUACAGUAAUUACAACUGACGAAGCUGUCAUUGAAGAUGAAGAUAAACCCCACGAAGAGAAAAAGAAGAAAAAGACCACAAAGAAAGUCAAGAAAGCAGAUAUCGAUGAUUACAUUCAAAAGUUGAUUGAACAGGAAAUUCCCAAAACCGAACUCGAAAAAUAUGAAAAGGUUGACAUUGAAGAAGCUCCAAAGAAACCAAGAAAGAAAUCACUUAUUGAAGAUAAAAUCAAGGUUGAUGAAUCUCAAAUAGUACCUAAGGAAGAACUAACGAUUGAAGAAGUAGUUGAACCUAUUGAAGAAUCUCCUAAGAAAUUAAAGAAACCAAAGAAACCUAUUCAUGAAAUAAAGGUUAUCGAAGAAAUUCCACAGGAACUUCCUGAACAGCUUUUUGAAGUAACUGUUAAAGAAAUUCAAGAAGAAGUUGAAACAAAACAAGUUACUGAUGAAGCUGGUGAUACAAAAGAAAAGAAAAUCACCAAACGCAAAGUCAAGCAGCAAAUUGGUCCCAAAGAAGUUGUUUUAGAAAUUGUUGAAGUACAAGACAAAGAUACAGGAGAUGCUGAAAUAACUGUAACAACAAGCGAAGCGCCCAUUGAGGAAGAAAUCAAACCUGACGUUGAAGUCGUCAAAAAGAAGAAAACCAAGAAGGUUAAAAAAGAUGACUUGGAUGACUAUAUUAAAAAACUCAUUGAGGAAGAAAUUCCAAAAAGCGAAUUAGAAACAUAUGAAAGAGUAGAAAUUGAAGAAAAACCCAAAAAACUUAAAAAGAAACCUAAGCAAGAGGUCAAAGUAACGGAAGAGAAACCUGAAGAGGCACCCGAAGAAGCUCCUGAGGAAGUUGAAAUAAAACUAAUAGAAGAAGAACCUGUUAUCCCGGUUGAAGAAGUAUUUGAGGUCAAAAAAGUAGAAGAAAAGAAACCAAAGAUCAAGAAGGUUCCUAAGGAAAAAAUCAAAGUUAUCGAAGAAGAUAAGCCAAUUGAACAAGUUCCAGAAGCAAAAAUAACUCUCAAGGAAGAUGAUUUUGAAGAAGUCCCAAUUGAAGAAAAACCUGUUUUUGAAAUCAAAGAAGUUGAAGAAAUACAACCCAUUGAAGAUACUACUUUCGAGUUCUCUAUAAAAGAAGAAAAUACGCCAAAGGCUAAAGAGACAAAGAAAACAAAGAAACCAAAAGUGAAAGAUGUUGAAACUGUCGAAACCUUCGAAAUUAAAGUCCACGAUUCUAUUACUGAACCCGAAGAAUUACAAGUUUAUGAUGCACCAAUCAACGUUCAAGAAAUUGAAACCAAAUCCGAAGUUAAGGAGGUUCAAGACGCUGAUGGCAUAACGCACAAGGAAACUACAACAAGACGCAAGAUUAAACGUCAGCAAGGACCUAAAGAGGAAAUAAUUGAAAUUAUUGAAGUCAAAACUGAUGAUCAACCAGAUGCAGAAAUCACUGUUAUUUCUCAGGAAACACCACAACCGGAUGAUCAAACAACUGAAAAACCUAAGAUACCAAAGAAGAAAAUCAAAAAGGUUAAAAAAGAUGAUCUGGAUGACUAUAUUCAGAAGCUUAUCGAACAAGAGAUUCCAAAAACCGAAUUGGAAAAAUUCGAAAGAAUCGAGUUUGAAACAACACCCAAGAACAAGAUAGAAGAAAUACAGCCCGUGGAAGUGAUUGAUGAAAGUCCUAUCAAGGAGGAAGAGAAACCAUCAAAGAAAAAGCCUAAACCUGUUAAAAAACCGAAAGCUACAGAAGAAUACACGAUAGCUGAAAUAAGUGUAACUGAGGAAGAAGCUGAGCAACCAGUUGUUGAAAUAACAGAAGACAAACCAGCUGAAGUCAAGGUUGAAGAAAUAAUCAAUGAAGAAGGUCAACCCAAACAACAAGUCACCACCAAACGCACUGUCAAAAAGAAGGUUGGUGAGAAGGAAAGCACUCUGUACAUUGUAACUGUUCAAGAAGAAGAUAAACCUGACGCCAUUAUUUCAAUCACCGAAGACCAAGGUGAAGAACCUAUACCUGAAGAAGUUGAAAUUCUUGAAGAACAACCAUUAAAACCAGCUCCAACCAAACCAAAGAAACCUAAAAAGACCACAAGAACCGUCAAGACCAACGAGCUUGACGACUACAUACAAAAACUUAUUGAACAAGAAAUACCUAAAACUGAAUUAGAACAAUACGAAAAAGUCGAUAUACCAAUCAUUGAAAAACCAAAAGAAGAAGAACAUGAAGUUAAACUCCCAGAAAAACCCAAAAAGAAGAAAACAACCGAAAAACCUAAACCUGUUGAAGAAGCUAAAAUAACUGAAUCCAUCGAAGAACCUACACUCAUUGAAGAAAAACCAACUGAAAUAACAGAAACUCUUACAUUACCCGAAACACAACCUGAGGAACCAACUGACACAGAACAGACAACACCAGUACAGGAAGAAUCCAAACCGGAUACUACCGAUUAUACAACAAAAACAACCAAACAAAAACCCAUCAAAAAACCCAAAGAUAAAACACAAUCAGAAACAAGUAUUCCAGUUGAAGUACAAAAGGACUUCGAAAUUAGUGUUAUUGAAGAAGAAGCACCACUCAAGAUAGAAGAUGAAGAAUAUCCAGAAUAUGUUGUUGAUGUAAAAGUAUUUGAGGAGAUACCUAAGGAACCGGAAUCGAUACCAAUCGAAGUAGUUGAAGAAACUCCAGAGGAAGUUAAGCAGGGUACAAUUACAGAACCAGUGAAACAAAAGAAAAAGAAGAAGGUAGUUAAAAAACAAGAUGAUCAGGAUGAGAUUAUCAAGGCCUUGCUUGAACAAGAAGUCGAAAAAACAGUUCUUGAAAAAUACGAGAAAAUCGAUAUUGAAAAGCCCCAAAAAGAGAAACCGAAAAUUGAGGGAUUGGUACCAACCAAAAUUGAACGUAUUGAACAUAAACCUCAGAAAAUGGUGAUUGUUGAGGCAGCAGAAGUUCCUCAAGUGGUUAAAUUGAAGCAAACCAAACGCAAGGAGAAACCAGUUGAAGAGGAAACAAGUUUAUUGCCUAAAUUCAAGCUUAAGAGUCGCAUUGUGUACGUAGAAUUCCCUCCUGAGGUAUUGGUACCUAAAAUAACAGAUAUCAAUGCUAUUCGUACUGCUGGUGAUCUUUCUCGUAAUAUUGAAGAAGCUGAAGAAAUUCUGAAAUUAAAGCCAAAGAAAUUCAAGAAGCUUAAGAAGAUCAAAGAUGAUCGCGAAAAAGUUGAACUGGAAAAGUAUGAGAAAUAUGUAAGCAGUUCCGAAGAAGAAGCCGAAGUUAAACCUUAUGAAAAGCCUGAAAAGGUGAAAGCACCAGAAGAACCGGAGCAGGUUGUAGAAAUCAAGCUCGGCAAAGGUAAGAAGAAGCCAAUUGUAGAAGAGCAACCAGAGAAUGUCACACUGAAGAAAACACCCACUAAGCCACAAGAAGAAGAGAUUGUAGUGGAAAAAAUCAUCAAAAAGAAAGAAGAUGUCAUUGUAAAGGAUGUUGUUGAAGAAGCUGAACAACCACAAUACAAGUUGGAACCUUUUGAACCUGUGGACUUUGAACAUCCAGAAUAUCCAAAGGAAGAACUUGAAGAGAUUGAAAAACCAGAUUUUCCAAAGAAAGAGAAGAAACAAGAAAAGCCUAAGCACAAACGCAAGGAGAAGCAAAAGCCUGAGCAAGAAAUGGAACAAGUUCAAAUUGUACCAGGCUUACCAAAGGAAGUUGAAGAACAACCAGAAGAAACUGUCAAAUUUAGAAUACCAGAGAGUGAAGCUCCAGAAGAAUCUACUCCUGAAUUCAAACUCAAGCCUGUAAAGAAGGUUGAAGAAGAAAAACCGCAAGAAGAAGUUGUAGUGGUACCAAAAGAAGAAGAAGAAAUUCCUCAAAAACAAUUGCUUGAAACUGAGCCCGAAGUAAAGGAAGAAAAACCCAAGAAAAAACCAAAGAAAGAAAAAGUCAAGGAAAUUAAACCCAAAGAAGAUGACGAAAAAACAUUUGAGAUUUCUGUUACCGAAGAAGAAGUUGUACAAGAAACUCCUAUUGAAGAUGUUAAACCAAAGAAGGUGAAAGUAAAAGAAUCAAAGCCUGAAGAACAGCCCCUUUUCGAAGCUGAAGUCAUCACUGAAGAGCCAGAGAAGCAAAAAGAAGAACCUGUUUAUGAUUCGUAUGAAAUUUCUGUAACCGAAACAGAAGCACCAGAAAUUCCAGAAGAAUUCAAGGUAAAGGUAACUGAAAGUCAAGAAAAGGAGGUUACAUUUGAAGAGGUUGUCGAAGAAAAGGUUGUCACAAGACGUAAGAAACCAAAACCAGAAGAAAAACCAGAAGAAUUCAAAAUAAAACUAAAAGAACCAGCUCCUGAGCCAGAAGAAAUUGAAGAACCGACCCAAGAAGCAACCUUCCAGAUUAAAAAACCUUCCGAAGAUGUACCAGAAGAAGCUGAAGUGGAGGUCAAAUUCACAGCUCCACAGCCUAUUGAGGAAAGUGAAGUUGAGGUGGUUGUUAAGAAAAAGAAACCAAAGAAGAAGCCAGUCGAAGAAGAAGAGGCUAAACUUGAGGUUAAGGUUGAAGAAACUAUUGAAACACCUGUUGAACACAUUGAAGAAGUUCAAAUUGAGGAAGAAGAGAUUCCUGAGGUACAACCAGAAAGUUACAAGUUCAAAUUAACUGAAACAGAGCCCGAAGAGGAAAUAAAGCCUGUUGUUGAAGAGAUAGAAGAAAUCACACCUGUUCCCGAACCAAUUGUUGAAGAAAUUCAAGAAGAACAUAAAACAUAUGAAAUUGUUACCAAAGAGUUUGCUCCAGAAGAAAAGCCCCAAGAACCUGAAGAAGUACCUGAAGUAAAGGUUAAGAAAACAAAGAAGGAAAAGGUAAAGCCUGUAAUUGAAGAAGUUCAAGAAGUUAAGGUAAUCGAACAAGUACCUGAAGAUGUGGUAAAAGCAGAAGAAAUAGAACCUGAGGAAGCUGUAUUUAAGGUUAAGAAGAAGACUCCAAAGGAAGCUCCUGAAGAGUUUGAAGCCGAGGUGGUACUAACAACGCCCAAGGAAGAAGAACAACCUGUAGCAGAGGUCAAAAUCAAACAGAAGAAACCAAAGAAACCCAAGGUUGAAGAAGAGGCCGCAACACUGGAAGUUAAAGUAGUCGAAAUUCAGGCUCCUGAAAAACCAGAACAAGAAGAAAGUGUGGUUGAAGUGGUUGAAUCUCUUUCAGACGAACCUUUGAAACCAGUUGAACAAAUUGCAGAGGUAACUGUUGUUGAAACUGAGCCAAAACCUAAACUAGAACCCUUCUAUGAGGUUGAGGUCGUUGAAGAAGAAGCUCCCAAGAUUCCCGAAGAAGAAGCUCCAAUACAGGAAGUAAAGGUUAUUGAAGAAGACGUUCGCGAAGUGCAAGUCGAAGAAAUUCAAGAAGUGAAAGUGGUUAAAAAGAAACCUAAAAAGCCUGCACAAAAAGAAGAGGAAGUGCCCGAAGUUGAAUUCUCUUUCAGCAACAAAGAACCUGAAAAACCAGAAGAAGUACAAGCGGAAGUUGUUCUUUCUGCACCUAAGCCUCAAGAAGUUGAAGAUGUUGAGGUUGAAAUCAAACAGACUAAGCCAAAGAAACCAAAGCCUUUAGAAGAAGAGGAUGCAAUUCUUGAAGUCAAGGUCAUUGAUAUUGAACCUGAAGUUGUGGAGGAGGUGAUCGAAGAGGUGAAGAUUGUUAAGAAAAAACCAAAGAAGCCUGUGGUUGAAGAAGUUGAAGAAGCUCCCCAAGAGUUUAAGGUUAAGCUUGCAAAAGAAAAGGAAGAAGAGGAAGUUUUGGAACAACAAUUUACAAUCAAACCUAAAAAGCAACCAGUUGUCCAGGAUGAACCUGAAGACGUUGAAGCUGAGUUCAAUUUGCCUGUCACAAAAACAAUCGAAGAAGUUACAGAAGAUGCACAAAUUAAGAUGAAAAAACCAAAGAAGAAAAUUAAGGAUGAAGCUGCUGCUGAGCUUAAGGUUAAAGUUGUUGAAGAACAACCCUAUGAAGGCCCAACUGAAGAAAUAAUUAUUCAAGAAGAAGAAGAGGCACCUUAUGUUGUUGAAGAACCAGAGGAAGAAGAAGAAAUUAAAGAACAUAAGAUCCGUGUAAUAGAGGAAAUGCCUCAAGAAAUUGUUGAAGAAAUUAUUGAAGAACCAAAAGAAUCAGCUCCAGAAGAAAUAGUUGAAGAAGAAAAAUUGAAACUUCCAAAGAAAAAGAAACCCGUUCCUGAAGUAACUGAGGAACCAGAAGCAGAAGUUACGCUUUCUCAAAAGAAGCCAACUGAGGAAGUUACGCAAGAUGCUGAAAUCAAGGUUAAGAAGUCAAAGAAACCUAAAAAAGAAGAAGCAGCCGCUGAUUUCAAAAUUACAAUUGUCGAAGAAGUUUCACAAGCUCCACUUGUUGAAGAAAUUGUUGAAAUAGAAGAUGUCGUUGAACAACCUAAAGAAGAAGAAGAAAAACAAGAAGAAAUUCCUAAGCAAUAUGAGUACACUCUUAAGGAAAUUGAACCCGAAGAGGUUCCAGAAGAGGCUGAGUUUAAGGUUAAGCCUAAGAAGGUUGUUGAAGAGGAAGAAGAAGUCGCUGAAGUGAAACUGAAGGUAGCACAAAAGAAGGUUGAAGAAGAACAAGUUGAAGAAAAAAUUGUAAUGAAGAAGCCAAAGAAAACAAAGAAGCCUGUCGAAGAAACCUUUGAAGAGGCUAGCAUCAAACUUAUUCAACCUGUUGAACCUGAGGAGGAACAAGUUGCAGAAGUAACCCUUAAACCGAAAAAACCAAAAGAAGUUCAAGAAGAAGAAGUUAGUGUUGAAAUGAAGCUUCCUAAGCAAAAGACUGAAGAUGCACCUGAAGAGGCUCUCACUCUGAAGAAAAAGAAAAAACCAAAGCGCAUUGAAGAGGCUGCAGAUGAGCUUGAAAUUAAACAAGAAGUCAUAAUAGAGCGACCUAUCGAAGUAGAGGAAGAGGAAAUUGUAGAAGAAGCAGUUUUCAAACGAAGAAAACCAAAAAUUAAGCCAACUGUGGAAGACCUUGAUGAAGAAGAAGUUAGUAUGGCCUUGAAGAAACCUCGUCAAUUAAACGAAGGUGUUGAAGGUGAAGCUACAGUGACCAAAAAACGACCGGUCAAACCUGCACAAGAUGCUGGCGAAGAAAGUGCUGAACUUUUGAUUCGAAAACUUGAGGAUUAUGAAGAAACGGAAGACGUUGAAGAAUUUGUUGUUUCCAAGAAACAGAAGCCCAAGCCAAAGCAAAUUACUGACAUACAAGAUCAGGAAUACACCAUCAAGAAACUUAAGAGACGCAAGAAGAGCAACGUCGAAAUUCCCGAAUUUACCGAUGUUGAAAAUGUCACUUUCCGUGCAAAGUCUACCAAAACUAAGGAAGAUGUUGAUCAAGAGUUUAACAUUGAUUUAGACUCAUAUGCCGAGGAAGAAAUUUCAAUGUCAUCCAAGGUCAAACUCAAACGUCCAAUUAAGAAAACUUAUUCCGAAGCUGCAGAUGAAGCUCAAAUUAAGAUCAUUCAAGACUAUGACGAUGGCGAAGAACCAAUCAUUGAAGAAAUCAUCGAUAGCAGUGAUGGUGAAGACAAUACAAUGUAUGAUGUUGAAGAGCCAGAAGAAUUCCAAGCCGAAGAACUUCCACCCGAUGAAGUUGAAUUCAAGUUGAAGCCAAAACAGAAGCCAAAGCCAAGAUAUUCUGUACAACAUGAAGACGGCGAAGAGAUUCUACUUGCAUUCAAGCCAAAACGUCAUGAAGACUCCGUGACAUUUGAUGAAGAUUCACUGACGUUCCACAAAAAACGCAAGAUAACUCAACAAAUCUUCAAUGAAGAAGGAGCAUCCUUGAACAUUACGCGUGAAGCCCACAUCGAAGAAACCGAUGGCGAAGAAAAUGUCAUGUACUCAAUUUGCAAUUAUAUCGCUGAUAACGAUGAAGCAAUCAAUUUGGUUGAAGGCGAGAAAGUAUAUGUUGUAGGACGUCACAGCUCUGAAUGGUGGUUCAUCCGAAAGAACCUAACUGCCGAAGAAGGCUGGGUACCUGCCCAGUACCUGAUGGAGCCUGCAGCCUACACCCUUUAUGUACAGAAGAAACUUCACGAGAAAAUCGAUAAACUGCCAGUAUUUGAACGACCCGGUCCCGACGAAAAGCCCAUGGCACCACGUUUCAUCGAAAAACUUCAACCAAUCCACACGCCAGACGGAUAUACCGUACAAUUUGAGGGUAAAGUUGAGGGAGUACCUCGCCCGCAAAUUGCAUGGUUCCGUCAAACGGCAGUCAUUAAGCCAUCGCAAGAUUUCCAAAUGUACUACGAUGAUGAUAAUGUAGCUACACUGAUUAUACGUGAAGUCUUCCCUGAGGACGCCGGCAUGUUCACAUGCGUAGCAAAGAAUUCCGCUGGUUUUGCAUCGACUACUACAGAAUUGGUAGUCGAAACACCAUUAUCUGAUCACGGAUCCGAUGCUACCGGAAUGUCACGCAAGAGUAUGUCUCGUGAGUCAUCUCUCGCUGACAUUCUCGAAGGUAUACCACCAACUUUCUCACGAAAGCCACGUGCCCAAUAUGUGGACGAAGGUCAAAAUGUGAUUCUAGAAUGCCGUUUGGUAGCCGUUCCCGAACCGGAUAUUGUGUGGACCUUUAAUGGUGAAGAAGUUAUCACCGAGAAGAAUGUUAAAGUAGCCACCGAAUCUGACAUGCACAUGUAUUGCAGUAUAAUUCACAUCACUAAAGUCAAAAAAUCACAAGAAGGUGUUUAUGAAGUGAUUGCCACAAAUCGGGAAGGUGAAUCAAGGUUACCAAUCGUGCUUAAAGUAAAAACCGAUGAAAAAGAACCACCACAAAUUUUGGAACCAUUGCGAAAUAUGAUCAUUCGUGAAGGUGAAAGUGCAGUGCUUACAACACAAAUUGUUGGCAACCCUCCACCAAAAAUAACCUGGCAGAAGGAUGGCAAACCUGUCAAGGCUAAUACGAAGUCUGAAAAAGAUACACAUACUCUGACAUUGAUUUCGCCUAAACUGACAGAAAAGGGUGAAUACACUGUUAAAGCAGUGAAUCCGCUAGGAAGUGUUGAGACCACCGCAUAUUUGACAAUCGAAGAAGCAGCAAGCGGAAACGCAGAACCACCACUAUUCGUGGAAAGAUUCCAAGAACAAUCAGUGCCCCAAAAAGGAACAAUCAGUCUCACAGCAAAGGUUACGGGCAACCCCGUUCCCGAAGUUAGUUGGCUUUUCAAUAACAAUCCAUUGGAACCAUCACAACGUGUUCAACUGCGUUAUGACGGUGAAAUCAUUGAGCUAACCAUUACCAAUGCCAAUCCCGAAACUGACUCCGGUGAUUAUAAAUGCAUUGCCAGUAAUCCAGUUGGUAAUACAUCACACGGAGCUCGUGUUAUUGUCGAAGUUGACGAAGUCACAUUCACCAAGAAACUUAAGAAGAACAUAAGUAUUGAAGAGACUCAGUCACUGACACUUGAAUGUGAGACAUCGCACGUUGUUUCCACAAAAUGGUUCUUCAAUAACAAGGAACUCAGUGGAAUGGAUCACAGAGUUGUGGUUGAAGAUGGCAAAGUACAUAAACUCUUCAUCAAAACAACAAAUCUCCGUGAUGCUGGUAAUUAUGUGUGCAAAGUAAAGAAUAAGGAAACACAAUCCACAGUUGAGGUAUUGCAACGCAAACCAGAAUUUAUGCGUCCACUUCAAGACUUCGAAGUCAAGGAGAAGGAAGAUGCUUACUUUGAGGUUGAAAUUUCAUCGGAAGCUGCCGAAGUAACAUGGACAAGGGAAGGCGAGAAAAUAACACCUGAAAACAAGAAGUUCGAACUUAUUAAAGAAGGAAAGAUCCGCAAGUUGAUCAUCCGUGAAUGUUCUAUUCACGAUGAGGGUGAAUUUACAUGUUCGCUUGAGGAUCAAGAAUGUACAGCCGAACUUAUUGUCAUUGAAUUGCCGCCUCAAAUCAUCAAAAAGAUGGACGACAUUACCGUUACUAAAGGUGAUUCGGCCACAUUUGAAAUUGAGCUAACAAAGGGUGAUGCUUUAGUUAAAUGGUUUAAGAAUGGCAAGGAGCUACAAUUAUCCGAGCAUGUCCAACUCAGUAUCGAUGGUAAACGUCAAAUGCUGAAGAUAAACAACUCUCAAUUGGAUGAUGCUUCAGAAUAUUCAUGCCAAGUUGGGGAUCAAACUUCAAAGGCUAAAUUAAUUGUUGAAGAACCAAUGGUGGAAUUCACACUUAAACUGCCAGAGGUAACCUUGGCAACUAAGUCAACCGAUGCUGAGUUUGUUUGUGAACUUUCACAACCAGAUGUCGAAGUUACAUGGUACAAGAAGGGCAAGAAAAUAACUCCGAAUAAGAAACAUGACGUGUAUGUGGAAGGCACUGUUCGUCGUUUGGUGAUUCAUGAUGCCAAUGAAGAUGAUGUUGGAGAAAUUAGUUGCACAGCUAUUAACGUAACGACUACUAGUAGACUGUGUGUUGAAGAAAUAAAAACUGCUCCAAUCAUCAUUUCUGACAAGGAGCAAACAAUCAAGGUAAAAGAGAACGAUGACGUAACAAUGACAAUCAAAUUCAGCGGCAAACCACAACCAGAGGCUACUUGGUCGACAUCAAAGACUAUUGUUAAGAAGAACAAUAGAAUAACACCAACAAUUGAUGAGGCUUCAGCUUCGCUAACAAUUCGGAAAGUUGUUGAAGAAGAUGAAGACCAAUAUACUGUCAAAUUGGUUAAUCCAGUUGGCGAUGCAGAAGCUAGUAUUAAUUUGGUGAUCAUGAGACCACCAAAAGCACCAGGCUCACCACAGCCUCUGGAAGUUAUGCACGAUUCUAUUACACUCUACUGGAAGGCGCCAGAAGAUGAUGGCAAGUCGGAGAUCUUUGAAUACAUCCUCGAAUAUCAGGAUGUUAAGACACAAAAAUGGACUGAAAUCAAAAAGAUUAAGGACACCACUUACACACUGAGCAAACUACAAGUGGACUCGGAAUACAUAUUCCGGGCCAUAGCUGUAAACGAAGUUGGUCCCAGUCCGCCUUCACCACUUUCACCAACCAUUCGUUUGGUUGCUGAGAAGAAAACCGAAAAGCCAACAGUGCAACAGCCACUUCAAGACAUCACUAGUGAGCUCGACAAAGAAGUCACGUUGUCUUGCAUCUUCGGUGGUAUUCCAGAACCCAAAAUAACAUGGAAGAAGAAUGGAAAAACUAUCGAAUCAACAAGCAUUCGAUAUGAGAAUCGUGUAUCGAAGUACACAAUCGAAAAGACAACAAUUGAGACUGAGGCAACGUAUACAUGCGUGGCAGAGAAUGAAGUCGGUUCAGUGGAAACUUCUUGCAAACUUAUCAUUCGUGAGAAGCCAACCAUCGAAAUUGAUGAGAAAUAUAUUGUACAGAAAUUAAAGACAGACAGCACACUAACCAUUCCAGCUAGAAUCCGAGGCUAUCCUCAACCCAAAAUAACAUGGUAUAAGGAAACAACGGAAAUAACAACAACUAAACGAACUAUUAUCGAAACUACCGAAACAUCUUCAACUGUCACCAUAAAAAUGUUGACACGUGAAGACUCGGGACGUUAUAAGAUAACUGCUACUAAUACUGCUGGUUCAACAAGUGUGGAUGUUACUUUACAAGUAAUCGAUAAACCGAAACGUCCUAAUUCCUUGGAAAUCAAGGAAAUGAAGAAGGAUUCCAUUAAACUGGAAUGGACACCACCUAUUGACGAUGGUGGCCUGGAAGUUACAAAAUACAUUCUAGAGAAAUGCGAUAUACAAAAUAAUGUUUGGAUGAAGGUUGCUGAGAUGGACAAAAGCAUAUGCUCUUAUUCAGUGCAAAAACUUGCAAUGAAUAGCCAGUACAUGUUUAGGGUCUAUGCCAGCAAUCCAAUUGGUGUAUCAGAGCCAACAGAAAGUGAAACUGUUACGAUUGCCAAGAAAAUGGACAAACCAACACCACCUAGGGAACCGCUGGAUGUUUGCGGUAUGACUGAAACUUCAUUUACACUCUCUUGGGAAGCAUCCGAAUCGGAUGGUGGAAGCAAAAUCAUUGAAUACAUUGUAGAAAUCAAAGAAAUUCACGAAACUGAAUUUAGACUUCUGGGUAGUUCAAAUGGAAAUGUAACGAAUAUCUUCGUAAGCAAUGUUGUCAAAGACAAGGCCUAUAACUUUAGAAUAUUUGCCAAGAACGAAGUUGGCAUUAGUGAAGCAUUAGAGACUGAAGAUAAGAUUAUUGUUGGCAGGAGAAUAACACCUCCAUCGCCACCGCAAAACCUUAGGGCGCCAGAUGUAACUAGCAGAAGCGUUACUUUGGAUUGGGAAGUACCAAUCAGCAAUGGCGGAUCUGAAAUCACUGGUUAUGUAAUUGAAAAACGUUCAUCAACAUCUACAAAAUGGACAAAGGUUGUAACAUUGGAUGCCCAUUGUCUCCAAUAUACAAUUGAAAAUUUGAAGGAAAAAUGCGAAUAUACAUUCAGAGUAUUUUCUGAAAAUUCAGUGGGUCUUAGUAUUCCAGUAACCACCGAUAGCAUUUCACUUAAAACACACGCAACUGUUCCAUCACCACCAACUGGUCCAUUGGAGGCAAGAGUUAUUGCAGCCAAUGCACAUAUCUUCGAAUGGGGUAUUCCCGAGUCAGAUGGAGGUGCGCCUCUGCUUGGAUAUAAUAUUGCCAUUCGUGAUUUACGCAAGACUAUGUGGAUUGAAGUUGGACGUGUACCACCAGAUCUACAAAGAUUCCAAAUCAGGGAUCUGCAAGAAAAUCAUGAGUAUAUGAUUCGUAUUUUUGCAAGGAAUGAAAUUGGUUUAAGUGAACCAUUAGAGUCUGAAGAGCCAUACAAGGUCAUAACAACGGGUCACGAAAUGUUGCCCGAUGAACCACGAACUGAAAUGACUGGUAUGAGUACGGAUAAUACUUCAUCCUGGUUACGUGAUCAUAACAUGGAUGCAGACAUUCACUCGUAUGCCCGUGCGAAAUUGCUACGUAAGGAUGAAUACUUCUUCCGAAUAUUUUGCAAUGCCGGCAAGCUGUUCAAAUAGAAAUAAUGCGAAGCAGCUAGAGUCUAACUCAUAUUAAUUAUUUAGUUCUAAGCUAAUUAUAAUUUAUUAAAUUAAGUAAUUUAUCAUUUAUAUAAUAAUUUUAAUUUAUCAGUCGUUUAUAUAUCAAAUGAAAAACAAUAGUUGUCAUUUUUAAACAUACAAAAGGAUCUUAAUGGCAUUUCAAUAAUUUAUAAUAAUACAAAAGUGCGAGCGAAGAUAUAAUAAAAAAAUAAACAAAAAUAUUAAAAUGUCAGUUAAAAAUCCCUUAAAAUGUUUAAGAGUGAUCGCAACUAUAACGAUUUCUCUUUUAAACAAAAACAAUUUUUUUUUAAUUCUUUUUGUAAACUGUGAUAAAUUUUACUAAAAGAGAAUUCUAAAUUGUAAAAUCGAUAAUGUAAGAGUGACAGGUGUAUUAAAGGCCUGGAGAUUUGUUAAAUUUUGACAAAUUUUAAAGUAAUAUUAUUUUUCUUUUUGGGAGACAAACAAAAAUAUAGGUGCGAUCGAAUUUUGUUUAUAUUGUAAAUUUUUCUUAACAACAUCAAGAAUUAAUUGAAGAAAAGAAAUAUUAUUUAUAAUUUGGCAACUUUUAAUGAGAUCUUUGUGAAAUCUUACACUAUCGAAACGAAACCCCGAUUUGUAUAACAAAAACAUGACCAAAUAAAAGAUCAAAUAAAUAAAUAAAAUGUUA